UUUGGCUCGGGGACGAUUGGAAGUAGGAGAUGGAGAUACCAGAGGAACCCGCCAAUAGUGGGCAUUCGCUACCCCCGGUUUAUAUUUACAGUCCCGAGUAUGUCAGCAUCUGCGAUUCCCUUGUGAAGGUCCCCAAACGGGCCAGUAUGGUUCACUCUCUGAUCGAAGCAUAUGCCCUGCAUAAACAAAUGAGGAUAGUGAAGCCCAAAGUGGCCUCCAUGGAGGAGAUGGCCACCUUCCACACUGAUGCCUAUCUUCAACAUCUCCAGAAGGUCAGCCAAGAAGGGGAUGAGGACCAUCCAGACUCCAUAGAAUAUGGACUAGGUUAUGACUGCCCAGCCACAGAAGGGAUAUUUGACUAUGCAGCAGCUAUAGGAGGAGGUACAAUCACAGCUGCCCAGUGCCUGAUUGACGGGAAGUGUAAAGUAGCCAUUAACUGGUCUGGAGGGUGGCAUCAUGCAAAGAACAUUCAGAAAAGCAAGCAGGCUUAACCCAGCCAAGGCUCGAAAAGCGGUUGUAUUGCAGGUGUGUGUGUGUGUGUAGUGGGGUGGCUUCUGGGGAGGAAAAGUACGUCUUCUCCUUAAGGAUGUAAUUAAUUGUCCCCCCAUCUAUUUAGCAUGCCUUUAGGUGGGCUCUUGGACUUGCUUCAUUAACUCUUCUGUUUUGAGUAGCUUGGCCUGUUAACUUAGAUUCUGAUUUCUUAUCUCCUCCAGGUAUCCUAACAGCCUCUGCUCUAAAGAUGUUGUCCAGGCAUUGUUUAGGAGAUAGGGUGCAAGGGAGGACUGGGUAAAUCCCAUUUCCAUCAUGGGAAUGCAGAGAUCCAGUUCCAAAGCUGUCUGCCAGAUGCUCUUAGUGUCUGGCCUGGAGUUCUGCUCACAUCCACACACAGGCAAGGGUGCUCAUUUGGGAAGAGAUAAGGAACCAGAGCUCCCUUUUAGCAUUUGACAUUCCUGGAAUGGCUGCUUUAGGGAUCCCUGCCCUAAGCUGCCCAUCAAGUUUCUAUGUCCUAUUCUCUUCACUGUAAUCUCACUCUCUAUUUAGACCUCCCAGAUAUACACAGAUUCAUAGAUCCCAUUUAUUCCUUAAUCCAGCAUUGAUUAACAAGUUUCUUAUCUUUAGUGAUGACAUAAGGAAAUCGAAGCCAAGUAUAUUUCCCCCACACAAAUGAAAAAAAAAUCUUAUUUUGAAAGCAUUCAGGUGUUGUCAGGGUUCUUUUGUAAUUAGCUUCUCAAAAACUUUUGUAGGAUUAAAAGUGGGAAAUACGUUCAUACUUGUUGACUUGGUAAUAGUCUUCUUACAAUUCUAUUUUGAGGAAAUAACCCAAUCUUGGGGAUGGUACAGUAUAUCACUACAUUUGAAAGUUAAAUAAGGGAUUUUUGGAAACUUUGCUAAAGGACUUAUGCUACUAAAUAUUUGGGAUAUCAAAGUAGAAUAAUGAACACACUGGCCUAAUGUAGCAUGACCCUCAGAGAGACCCAUUCUGUGUAAGUUCAUAGGAGAUAUAUUGUGAAAGUACGGGUUAGCUGUCUUCCUGGCUAGGCUGGGCUUUGACCAAAUUCCUCCUUUUCUUCCUUUUCUCUCAUUGUGAAUAUAGGCAGGCUGGCCAAGUCCAGUGAGUCAGUUGGUACACAAGAUACUGUUGCUCUGUGCAAGAGGGUAGAGCACACAGCAACAGUAUCUAGGAGGAAGAGAGAGACUCCAAAGCAUUUUUAUUCCCUGCCAGAUUGUUCUCGCCUCUCAUGCUCCUGUCAUUUGUCUCCACCAUCCCCCAGAAUGCCCAAUUCAGUAGCUCAGGAUGCUAUCUUGUAUUCAGUCUUGUUAAUAAGAUUUGUGUGUGUGUGUGUGUGUGUGUGUGUGUGUGUGUGUGUGUGUGUGUGUGUGUACAAUUACUUUUCUCCCGUUAAAUUUUUUAUGCCAACUCAUUCAUCCAAGAACCUAGAAAGGAUAGAGCAUUAUUCCUUCCCCACCACAGACUGUUGAACAAACUGCCCCUGGGGUCAUGCUAUACAGACUAAUUCUACCUUCCUCCUCCAGUUUCUGCACUUAACAGCUUCCUGUAUGGAGACUUACUGUUUACUGGCAUUUCCUGUAGUAGCUUUUCCUCCAUACUUUGCUGUGCAUCAAGUGCCACCUGCUGGCAGCCAACUGUUAUAACACAGGUAUUUCGUCUUUACAUGCCCUAAAGUGGUACACUGUUUAGUAUUUUAUCCAUGCAUUUGGUAAUAUACUUUGAUUUCAAAGAGGCAUUUCUACUGGAAUCUCUUUACUAGUUAGUAAAUCUAUACUGAUAUUUUCCUUCACCAAAUGAUCACUUUCAAAUUUUAUAAUAUGUGAAGUAUGCCUCCAUGAAUUUUGAGGAAAGAUCAUUUUUAAGGGCUAUUCUUCACUCUUCCAUGUCUUCAGAGUCUUACAUGGGCAUAGUUUCUCCAUGGUUUGGAGGAAAGGAAAGCUUUAAGAACUUUAAGAGAGAUUGGUUCUAUUUUGAAUGAAGCCCGGACAGAUAGGAAUUCAUAGCUGAGAAGCAGUAUGGAGGUCCCAGAUGGGAAAUGAAAAUGGAAAGGGGGACUGGAGGGAUAGCUUAGCAUGUAAAGAGCUUGCUGUGCAUGGGAAUCACAGCAGAUCCACAGAACCCAGGUAGAAGCUAGGCAGGUAUUGGGGCUUCCAGUAACACCAGCGCUAAAGAGUCAGAGACACCAGCGAUUCCCAGGGCAAACUGGAUAACUUACACUACCCAGAAUUGGUGAGCUCUAGAUUUAAUAGACCCUACCUCAAUAAAUGAAAGUGGAGAGCAAUCAAAGUUGUGCAAGAUGCAGCCUUUCUACUUUGUUUUUAUACUCAUGAUCAACACUUAAUCAUAUAUGGAAGACUGAAGAAUGUUAAGACACAGUGUUCAGUUAUUACUUAAGACUCCAUGUCGGACAGGAGUUUCAAUGGGGGAUCAAUGCCUAUUUAUGUUGCUUAUAUAAGACAAACACAUUUUUUGUUGAUGGGUAUAGCCAAAACUGCCCUAAAGCUUAUAGUCCUCCUGCCUCAGCCUCCUGAGUGCUAAGUGAACACACCAUGCCUGGAGCGAGAAUUUCUUAGAUCUAAUUUGCAUUGGAGAAAGUGAUUUUUCAAAAGAAUGUGUGGUGGAAAUAGAAAGGGCUGUUCAUUAACUCAUGUGACAGCUUGUAGCGUUGAUAUUUUCAUUUCCUGUCAUAAACUAAAACAGUGUCAGUUGGAGGGAAGAGUCAAAUAUAAAGAAAAGAGGUUCUAAAACUGGGAUGGGUGACUAUCUAUCAAGCUCCUAACAAGGACUAGAUUUCUAAGUUUAGGAAGUAGUAGGAAAUAGUCUCCAGGAAAAAGAUCAAAUGUGACUAAUAUAACAUACAAGCUUCUAAGCCACAUUAAGAAUAAAAGAUAAUGACAGACUGGCAAAGCCCAUGUAACAUAAAUAUGACAAAGUGUGAUAGAUCUGUAUGAUUUAAGGCCACAGGCUUCAUAAUGUAUAAAAAGAAAUGUGACAAAAGAAUAUGAAUAGACAGUUUAUAAGAGAGUAUAAGUGCAAUUUGAAGAUGUGAGAAAAUGUUCAUUACUAAUUAAAAUGCGAAUUAAAACAACUUGGAGCCAAGGUCAGGCGGUGGUAGUACAAGCCUUUAAUCCUAGAGGCAGGUGGAUCUCUUGAGUUUAAGGCUAGCCUGAUCUUCACAGAGAAACCCUGUCUUGAAAAACCAGCCAAAAAACAAACAAACAAACAAACAAAACAUCGACUCAGUGCUGGGGAUAUAGGUCAGUAGUAGACCGUGUGAGUGUGAAACCUUGCCUUCUGUUCCCAGUACUACAGGUAGACAGAUCUAAUGCACAAAACCCUUUUUAGCCUGUAUUUGAAAGAAUGUAAAAAAAAAAUCGUACAUCUAGCAGUCAGGGAAUAAAGGAAUGGUGAGUUUAGUCCAUGAAAUAGUAUGCAUGUUCUAAUUUUUGCUUUGUCUCGCUGUAUUCUUUUCUAAGGACUGGACCCAAAGCCUCCUACACACUUCACCACUGAGUUACAUAUAUCGCGAGCUCUUAUGCUAUUACAUGUAAUGGUGAUUAUGAAAAUUAUAGGAUAUUUCAAGAAUAAAAUGUAUUUAAUAAUUUAUUUAUUUUUAUUUUAUGUACAUUGGUGAUUUAACUGCAUGCAUGUCUAUGUGAAGGUGUCAGAUCCAGUUGUGAGCUACAAUGUGGGUCCUGGGAACUGAACCCAGAGCCUUUGGAAGAGUAGACAGUGUUCUUAAUGGCUGAGCUAUCUCUUCAGCCCUGAAUAAAAUGUUUUAAAAGUGAUAUUUAAACUAAUAUGCUCAUUGUAAUUACUUUCUCACACACAGGAGGAAAACAGUGGGAAUCAGUCCACUGGUCACUGUACAGCAGCAGGGGUUUCUUUGAUUUUGAGACAUCAUCUCACUUUGUGGCCCUGGCUGGCAUGGGACUCACUGCUGGCUUCAAAGUAGCAGUGAUUGUUCUGCUUCUGCUUUUCAGUGCUGCCAACUGCAAGCAUGUGCCACCACGCCUAGCUCGUGAUUUAAAAAUGAAUAAUAAUUUUGCUUUUUUACAAAGGUUUUGUACUGAGAUGAUAACUGCUGUUAUAGCUGAAAUUUAACAAACUAAAAAGAAGCAAGAAAUGGGGUGGAUAUAACCGGGAGUUAAACUCUGUAUUCUAAUUAGUUUAACACGGAUAGUUUCAUAAAUAGACGCAAAUACACAACAAACAGUAAAAAAUAUUUAACAUCACAUAGAGAAACUGAAAUAUAUAUUUUCCUUCCUGUCAAGUUUGAGAUGGUUCUUGAUAAUCUAUUCUAAUGAAACUAAUACAAAAAAUGGUAAGUGUAUAUAUGAUGAUGAUACUUGAGAUGUUACUUAUAACAUCUCAAGGCAACAGGAGGGAGAGCUAAACAUUCAAUAGUAACUAGAAUGGUUACAUAGUAUCCCUUCUCCCUGGGAUGUUAUAUAACCAUUAAAAAUGGUGGUCAGAGCCAGGUGUGAUGUGCAAGUCUUUAAUCCCACAGGGUAGGCAGAUCUCUGUGAGUUCGAGGCUAGCCUGGUUUACAUAGUAAGUUUCAGGCCAGCCAGAGUUACAUAGGGAGACCUUGUCUCAAAAAAGCAAAAUUGGUAGUUGGGUGAUGGCAGAAUUAGGAAAAAUGUCCUUCAUAUAACAUCAGAGGUUUGUUAAAUAGUGGCUAGCUCUUAACAUACAUUCACUUACUUAGAUUACACUCGUGCAAGAUUUCUGUACAAUUGAAAAAACUUAAAAUACAGCCAAAAUUGUUGGCUUUACACAUGUGGUAUGGUUAUAUAUUUUAUAUGCUUGUGUAUAAGAUAAAAUUUAAAACUUACAUAAGUUAUUAAGCCCCUUAAAAUUUGUAUGCAUAUACACAUGUCUUUUUUCUGUUUCCUCUAUUUUCUCUGAUGCAUUUAUAUUAUUUCUGUAAAUGGGAGGCAAUGAUGAUAUGGUAUAGUGAGUGAGUGUAUGCUUGUAAUCGUGUGCAAGGUGGUAUGUAACGAGGGAGGAGUCAUGCUUUCUCACCUGGUAGGGUAGAAAUUGCCCAGGAGAAGGGUUGACACCACUAUAGCAGCAGAAAAGUAUGGUGCAUCUGGAGAACUCGAAGCAGUGAAAUGGUCAGUCUGAAGGGAAGUCAAGACAACAUUACAAAGUUUUGUGAUUCAUACUAAAGAAAAGGACAUUUUCUCUGGUGGGGUGAGAACUUGGUAAAGGAUUUCAGUAGUUCUUCUACCGAAAUAGAUACUAUUGAAAGCAUUCAGUUUACAGACACUAAGCUCUUGCUGUCUGUCAUAGGUGAAGGAAACAGGCAUAUAGGAAGUUCUUACUAUUCAAGGGAAGCGAGAUUGGACAGUCACUUAGUACUGAAACGUAACAUGGCAGUACAUUCCUAUAGUCCCAGAAUUUGGGAGGCAGAGGCAAGAGGAAUGCAGGUUUGAGAUCAGCCUAAGCUACAUAUUGAGACUGUAUCUUUAAAAAGGAGGGGCUGGAAAGAUGGCUCAACGAUUAAGAGUACUUGCUGUUCUUGUAGAAGAUCCAGAUUCAGUUCCCAGCACCCACAUGAUGGCCCAAAACUGUCCCUAACUCUAGUUACAGGGGAUAUGAUGUCCUUUUCUGACCUCCACUGGCUCCAGCACAUGCAGACAAAACACCCACACACAUAAAAUGGGAAGAAAUCUUCAUUUAAAGGUGGGAGGAUUGUGGAGUGCAUACUGAAUGAGCAGUCUCGCUAGGUGGAUAAUUAGGAUGCUGUAGGGAUGAUGAGAAUCAUACAUUUCUUUUGUCUUAUUUCUUAAGAUUGCGUUCUUGGUAAAACUAUAUAUUAGUUCCCCCAACAAACGACAUGCCAGGGAUUGGUGUAGUUUGAUUAGGAUCUAUUUUUUUAAACAAAAUUGCAUGGUAUUUCAAGGUGGUAUGUUGAAUUCUUAAGAUUCUUGCACAGUGGUUAUUAAGAGCUGAUUUUGGCCAGUGUAUUCAGGAGUAUCUGUUUUCCUGUGAGUUUCUCUUCAAUCAACUCAGUAUUCACAAUAGUCUCUUGUGAGCUACACUUAAAAAUCAUGGCCCUUGCUUAUUUUAUUCCUUUUCAACUAUGAAUUAGCUUGCCAUAUUGGUGUUCUUUUACUUUGUGUGCUCGUUUUACGACCCGCAUUUUAUACAUGACCUGUAACCUUACUCUGAUAAAUUAGCAUUGAGUUGCUAGGUGAUGUAUCUGAUGAUCUAGGAGACUCAAAAUGAAUGGAUGGAUGGGCUGAGUGUUAGUGCAUAAUUCUGAGGGUCGCUUGAGUUGAGAUUGAUAGUAAGUGGUCAGUUCACUAUGAAACACAUUUCAUAGCUUUUGAAAUCCUAGGAAAUCCCAAACCUUUCCACUGCUGCUCCUGGGUAAGAAGAACUCCCUGUAUCAGCCACAGACUAGUGUGGUGUUGUUGAUAUGGAUGGCAGCAACUCAUUAACGGAGCAUUUUAAUAGCUGAGUGGACUGCAACAAUGAUAUGUUUAUAGAUAAAGUCAUGUGUGCUGUCUAGGACAGCUAUGUGAGAUCUGUGUAUGAGAAUUGCAUGAACUUUGUUUUGUGUGGGGCUUGGGUACACUUUUGAGUACUAUGUCGUAAUGCAAAAUGUCAUGCCUCUGUAGAAAGGAACGCCCAAAAACCUCUGAAAUAAGACCUAGAUGUAAAUCCAGGCUCUACCACAUAGGAGGUAUGCGCCAGCCCUGAGUUACUGCAGGAACCAUGUGUGCAUAAGCAGGGAUGGAAGAGUGGUGGGGCUGCUGAGAGCGUUCGUAAACCUGAAAGCGUGGGCUCCUAUAGACAGGUGGCCAGGGAUAAGGCCUGGAAUGGUCUUUAUAUGCCAAACUAAAUAGCUUGGACUCUGUCAAGCUUGCUCAUUUUUUUCCAGUGGUUCUUAACUGUCUUUGUCCUUGAACAUCUCAGAAAAUUCAGUGAAAGCUGUUUCUUUGUCCUUAGAAAAUGUAUACAACCCAAAAUUUCCCUCAUAGUUUAAGUUUCCUAAAACCUUGUCUGGGUCCCAGGCUAAGAACUAUCACUUAGGCUAAGAACCCCCACCUAAACACUGAAGAAUUAUUGAAAGGAAUGGAGCCAAAAGUAAGUAUCUCUGUCAGACUUGUAUCUCAGAAGCCCAUUCUACCUGUAGUUGGCAGGUGAAUCCAGGGAAGAGAGGCUGCGAGCAGGGACAGGGGGAAGGUCUUGCCAUGCUAAUGCACCUAAGAGCAGAUGGGAGCAGUAGUGAUCAGCACAGAAGAGGAAACACAGUCAGGGACUGUUAGUGGCAGAGCAGAUAGAAAGGUGAGCAAUUAGACAUGAAUGACAUAGAAGAGGUGGGUGGCAUGGACUUUGUGUAUAGGUGACUGCUGCAUCUGCUGAGUUAGGGUAUCAGCAAGUGCACAUGAGGAUUGAUGGGUUUAUAGCUUAUUAAUGGCAUCUGUUAGAGAGCUGGUAAUAGGAACCCACCCUGGCCUUGUCUAUCUUUAGUGUGCAUACAGAAUAUCUUGGGAGCGUGUGAAAAUGCAAACUCUGGUUCAAGAGGUCUGGGAUAGGACCUGGGAAUCUACAUUGGCAGAAACUCACAGCAGUGCUGCCCAUCUCUAGUCUGUAGACCAUACUUAAAACAUCAGCAAGAGGCUGGAGCUAAGGGGAGUCAUCUUCAAUGGAAUGACAGCCUUCGACUCAAUAGCAUCAUGGGUAGUUAUUAAAAACAAGGAACUAGACCAGCUGUCCUGGAAGUAGGAGAUACAACAAAUACUGAGCCUUGUGGGAUGGCAGUUAUUAAAGGGAAGGUGGAAACUGAGGUUUAUGUCAAUAUAAAACAUGUGGUUACCAAGUCUGGGGAUUUCAUCUCCAUGUGCACAAUACACACAUGCACACCCACACAUGUACGUGCACACAUGCACAUGUGUGCACAUACACACACACACACACACACACACACACACACACACACACACACACACACACGCACACGCAGAGAUGGAAGAGGAAAAGUCCAUGAUAGAAUUUUGAGAAGGAAUAGCCAGAAAGAUGGGAAAAGUCUCAAGAAUGACUUUUACCAUAGAAACCAAGGGUGGAAAUGAGCCUCAAAAAGACAUGCUGGAGUAGCCAUGUUUGAGCCUGUUCUGCAUACAUUUGCCAUGUAAGUGAUGAUGGCCCAGAGGAGCAAAACCUCAUUACUGAAGGUGAAAUAACUUUAAAUGUUAUCAUAAUUUAACAUUUAAAUUUAACAAUUUAACUCCAAAGGGACUCAGUAUAUAAACAGACGCACAGUGUAUCUGUGAUAUUAAAAUUUCAUGGCAGAAGAAAGUGAUUAAGAAAAGCUAUCUUAAAGGGAUCCUUGAGUGGGAGCCAGGCACAAUAAUGAGAAAAAUGGUUGAGAAACAGGACUGCAGAGACACUUCAGAGGUCCUGUGAAGGUCAGGAAGGGGGUUAGGUGAACACUUAAGAGGGUGAAAGGGGCUGGGCCAGACAGCCAAAGACGUAGAGGAAAGGUCUAUCAGAAAGCUAUAGCAACAUUACAGAGACAGAGCAGCGUAAAAUAAGAUGUGAAAAUCAACACUCCAAAGAGCAGAAGUGUGGGAAACUCAUGAAGGGCUUUGUUUACCAGAAUUGCUGAGUGGGACCCUGUCACUUUUCACCAGGGAAAGUCGCCCCUGGCAGCACAAACCAGUAAUCUCAGCUAUUUGGGAGGCUGAGGCAGGAGUUCAGGGCUUCUCUGGGCUGCAGUCACAGAUGAGUGUGACAGGAGUGGGAGUGUUGCCUGCUAGCAAGGGAGGGGCCUGCCAGGCUGCCUGCUUCCUCAUGAAGUCAGUCCAUUAGGAAGUCACUUUGUCACAUCCAGAUAUUCUUGAAAUGGAACUCCCCCUACUCUUGCAAACAAGUCGAGGAUUAUUAGAACCUGCCACAAGACAGUAACUCAACUUCUUAACACUGGCCUUGGGGUAGUCCCUUCAGCCAAUCCUCAUCCUUUCACCUCACUGCUGUGCCUUGCCUCUGUCUGGUUCUGCACUUCCGCUCGCAAUGCCUUCCUUCAUCCUGAUCUGACCUUGCCCUUAAAACCCACACGGACAGCUCAGCUGUGCUUCUGCCCUCUGACUGCAUGACACUGCAGGCUUCCACCCGGCCCACUGAGCCUCUCUCUGUGCCUCCUUUCUUGGAAAAGGGGAUCAAUGUCUAGCUGAUUAUGCUGGAUGAUGUUGUUUCCUGAGUGUUCCACUUGGGGGCAGUGAAUGACAGAGCCAGAAGCUGGCAAGCUCUGCAGGCCUGUGUAGAGGGAGGCCUCUGGCCCAGACUUACUAGCCAGUUAAGUUCAAGCUGCAAGGCCUGGGAGUCCCGAUAGCCGCAUCAUUUUAUGCAUCAGAGGAAGGGGAUGAAAGUGACUGUACUAUAAAGAGCUGUACGUAGCAGAACUUUUCACCCCAGCAGCCAACCAUCCUCCUCCACCUGUCCCUCCUCAGUUCUAGCCUUACCAACAUGUAGAUAACAGCGUAAAAAGGAGACUGGUAUGCCAAUUCAGCCAUGUUGUCUCCUCAGCAAAGCCAGACACCGUAUUUCAUCCAUGGAUGGCAUGUCCUUGUCCCUUGUCACUCAGUCCUUUCCCAUGCUGGCACCUGCAGAAUAAGCGCAUUACCAUUGGAAAUCAGUGAGCAGACAGACAGUCCUAUUGAUAUUUAUCCAGCCAAUAAGGACCAGCUUCUCCAUAACAAAACUAUUGAGCUGGCCACCAGAACAACCAGCCAAGGCAUGCUUUGUUCCUACUGUACUCUCCCCUAUCCUCCAACGGAGAAGGUGUGUUCUUGCAGUGCUUACAGAACUGGGGAAGACACUAUCAGAGUGAAUCCAUGUUCCAUCUAUUCCGACCACAGCACCUAAGAAUGCACAGCCCACCUGAGCUGCAUUGUGCCUCCACGUCCUCAUAAAUUGUAGGUAGUAAUAUUACCUGCUUCAUAGGAUUAUAAGGAUUCAGUGUGAUAAUUGCAUUAAAGAAUAUAUCAAAGAUCCUGGCAUGUAAGUGAUAAAAGUCAUUUAUCAUAUCCACACUAGAUUCUACUCAGGGCAUCUUAGCAACCUCUCAGUCCUUGGUCCAGUGGGUGUAACUGCUUGUGCAGCUGAAUCAGGCCUGGUAAACUUACAUUUCCCCUUUGUGUAUAUGCCACCUGCGGCUGAAAUUAGACUUUUAUAGAACCCAUAUCAGAGUUUGAUUUCAGGGUUUGGCUACCAGCAACUCUCUACCCUCCUACUACAUGCCUAAUAUUACAAAGAAUUCCCUUUCCAACCAACCUCAUUCUACUAGAAUCUGACUCAUAUUUUUGAAGCAAAUAAAGGUAACUACCUACCGAUAUACUAUGAACCAUCCUGUAGUUAACAGUAGUGACAGUUAGCAGCCUUGGUAUUGAGGAUUUGCCAGCAAAGGAGCUCUCUGAGCUUCACACCAAAGCCUUCUAUAAAACCGAAGUUUUGGACAGUAUCUUGGAACUGGUUUCAUCAGAUCUUCUAUCUUUUCACCCUGGCCUUGAGCUGCUUUUUGAAAAGAAAAAGUGGAGUCUUUGCAUCAAUAUAACGUGUAAUCACUAUCCAGAAGAUCCUUUCCAUUGAUCUGGAACUGCCUAAUCAAUUCGUAAGUUUGUGGCCUUUGCAGACUUUAUCUAGAUCAAGAAAGAUAAAAGGGAAUGAAGAGGGGCUGGGGAUUUAGCUCAGUGGUAGAGCGCUUACCUAGGAAGCGCAAGGCCCUGGGUUCGGUCCCCAGCUCCGGAAAAAAAGAACCAAAAAAAAAAAAAAAAAGGGAAUGAAGAGACAGUUCACUAGUGCCUUCCUCCAGCAAAUGAGAUGCUGGCUCCCUCUUCACAUACGUGUGCUUCUCCGGGCAGUGGUUUUAUAAGUCACUGCUAAUACAGUGCUUACAGUAGCACUUUUCCAGGGCCUGGUACUCAGGAAUGAAAAGAGUCUGAGCUACAUUUGUAUGUUUGUGUGUGUGCGCGCGUGCGUGCAGCAGAGGCUGCAUGAGCUAGAUAUUAACCUUUGUGAAAUGGAGUUUCCUGAGGGAGUGAAAGCAUCAGCAGCUCUGAGAUGCUCGUGUGUCUCUACCACCCUAGUAUCUGUCCUCUUAACAUAAAGAGGAUUUAGUCCUACUUAGUCCUCAAGCAUUCAUACAAAAAAGACCUUCCAAUAACUCACGGCCCUCAUUUAUUUCUACUUUGGCCUCUGUCAUGGUUUAGAUGAUAAUGACCCUCAUGGGCCCAUACAUUGGAAUACUUGGUCCUCAGUUGGUAUAACUAUUUAGGAAUGGCUAGGAGGUGUGGCCUUGUUGGAAAAGGAGUAUCUUCAGGCACAGGCUUUGAGGUUUCAAAAGCCCAUGCUACCCCUAGGCUUUCCGCAUCAUGGUGUGGAUCAGAUGUAAGCUCUCAGCAACUGUUCCAGUACCAUGUCUGCUUACUCCCGGGUCCGUACCAUGAUGGUCAUAGACUAACCUUCUAGAGCUGUGAGUCCCAAAUUAAAUGCUUUAUUUUAUAAGUUACCUUAGUAAUCAUGUUUUGUCACAGUAAUGCAAAAGUAGCUAAGAUAGCUUGCAAUCUUGACUAAUACCAAUUUGUAGGGUAGGGGUACUAUCCUUUCCCAGGAGGACCUGGGUACUUUGAUCCCUGCCCUGGUACCAACUCUUUAGGAAGCUGGUUCCAACAAAGGUUUAUUGCCCAAAAUGAUAACCAGAGUUCUUAGUGAUCAAGACUACUUGGAAGCUAGAUAGUGCUUCCUUUAAAGGGAGAGAGACAGCUUGGUCUUAAGAACUCAAACUAUUACAUCCUGAAGCAGCAAGAGCAGACAUGGAGACUAUAGACUAUCAGAAGGCAAUUGAAAUGGUUCCAGCCUAAUAUUGUAGCCAUUUAACCUGUAGCAACAGCAUAGACAGCAGGCAGAUAGAGCCCACAAAGAUUCAAGCCUAUCAUGGUACAGCCCAAAGAUUUAUGUUCCUAGAUGCACCAUUCUAUUAGACUUGGGGCUUGCCUGUGCCCACUGGUGCCUUGUCUAUCAGGUCCACACAGCCAGUCACACUUCGCAUAUGAUCUAAUGGAGUAUCAGCAAACCGCCUGCACAUUAUUCCUGAAGUGAAGAUUCCUCAAUUAGACCUUCUGGAGCUGUAGCAUAAGUAUAUUCAUCUGGAACCAGUUUCUCUCCCCUUCUUUUGAGGCUCAACGCUGUUUGAGAACUCUGGGCCCAGAGGAUCUUUUAUCUGCCUUGCAUCUGGCCUAACCUCUUGUGUGUCUCCAUGAUUCUUCCGGUUGUGACAAAGCAGACCAAGGUAGCUCCAAGCCUUUGGGAUGCUGUCAGAAUCAACUUCAUUGAAGAUUUUAUCUCCUCCAUCCACAACUCCCUUAAACUACUGGUGAACCCCUUACUGUUUGCCUAAUCCAUCCUAACUGCUGUUGCCUCCUUCACCUCAGAGGUCCUCCCCACGGCUGUGAGCUGGCAGGUACAGCUAACAGGACAAGCAGACUCUAGAAUCCAUCCCUCUCAACUCUUACUAGCACUCUUCUCUAGUGUAUGUCUUUCAUGCCCCUACAAGCAUCAACAACCCAGGGUUUGGAAGUUCCUAGACAGUGUGUGUGUGUGUGUGUGUGUGUGUGUGUGUGUGUGUGUGUGUGUGUGUAACUGUCAAUGGCACAUUCAGUUGGUCUUCCCCAACAUGAGGCUUAAAAACAAGGACUCUGAAGCCACUGUGUAGGUUUAAAUCGCAGCCGUGUCACCUCCUAUAUUGAGCAGCUUAGACCAUCUUUUCCCAGUUUCCGCACACAUAAAUGGUAAUGAUAAUAGAACCUAUCACAUAACGCAGCUGUAUUAGAAGGGACGGCAUGCAGAGCAUAUAAAGAAUAGCAGUACCCGAGACAUAAAACCACCAAACGAUGUGUGCUGCUAAGUUGUAUGUGGAUUCUGCUAACUGGAUUUUUCAGCUGUAUGACUGCCUUUCAGCAGAGACCCAUUCCUCCAGGCCCAAACUCAGAGGUCUUUUCCCCAGAAAUACUUGACAUGACCUUUAGUCAUCCACCCACUGCCUUCCUACGUCAGAAUAAUUUCUUUAAGCUCAUGCCCUUCCUCCUCUGUGAUUACUCCUCUUACCUCUCACUAGUCCAUGGUGUAGUUUGUUGUCCUCUGUAGUACAACUAACUAACUAAAACCUGAAAGGGAGAGCAAUUAUUUUAUUUGUCUUACUCAUUUAUUUGUUUAUUUUAAUAGAAUAUUGACAGAAUACUUGUACCAUUGAACAGAGCCAGAUUUCUAACAGGUUCACACCUGAUCUACUGCCUGAUUCACUGGCAAAGUUGGAGACCAAAAAAUAGUUUGGUAGACUGCAGGGGACAGUGCUCCAGUAAUACUAUUAUACGUAUGCUCAGCCCAGUCAACCUUAGCACUCUCUCAAGUGUGGGGGUGGUAUGCACUUUAAGGUUCAAGUACCAAGAGUGAGAGUGAAUUAUACUCUUACCUAGGCCUUAUCCUUCCUCUGCCCCUACUUCCUGACCCUGGAGCAGCUGGACUACAAUGCCCACUCCUACUGAUGAGGGCAGAACAAUCUUACGUUCUGCUCAGCGGCCAGAGAAGAGGUCUUAAAAGCAUGAACAAAGAUAGCAACAGCAGAUGUGACAAGGACAGAGUGCUGAGGAGCCGUCCUGCAGGCAUUGCCAGUGGCACUCAGUGAACCAGCCAGGCGUGUUGGCACAUGCCUAACAGCACAGUAUCUGGGGGGUAGAGGCAGGACUGCCAUAAAGGUGACACCAUCCUGGGAUAUAUAGCAAGACCCCAUCUCACUGAAUAAAUAAAUGACCCUUGGUUAUUAGUUGACUGCUGAGGGUUAGAAAAAGGGGGAGAACUUCAAAAUUACCCAGUUCCUUGUUUGAGUAGGUAGAAAAUGUUGUUUUCAGCCGAAACAGCAAUCAAAACGCACAUAGAGGCUGAGGUGACAGCUUAGUGGAUAAAGCACUUGCCGCUGAAACAUGAGGACAAAGGUUCAGAUCGUCAGAAUCCAUGUGGAUGGAUGUGACAGGCAGGUGUGGUGGCCUGCCUGUAAUUCUGGGGCUCAGAAGGUAGAGAUGGAGUCCCCAGAGUGGGCAGCCUGUAUCAGUGAGCUCUGGUCCAGUUAAGAAACCCCAUCUCAGUGAAUAGCACGGAGAGCAAUGAGGAGCCUAUCAAAUGUCAACCUUGGGCCUCCAUGCACAUCAUCCACACACAUUCUUACACGUAAAAAAUAGAGGUACUGUAAUGAUUAAUAUCUUUAAAUUAACUUUACCAUUAAAUCAAUUGUCUGGAAGAUGUGCCUGUGGCAUGCCUGUGUGUGUGUGUGGGGGGUUGUCUCAUGAUUACAUAGAUUACAUAGAUGUAGGAACAUCCGCGUUGGUUGUGAACAGAACUAUUCCCAGACUAUAUGAGUAGAGAAGAGGAGCUAAGAGACAGCGUAUAUUCGUUCCUCUUCUGACUGGAUGGAAUGGGACUUAGCUGCUUUAAGCUCCUGGUGCUUUGGCUUCCUUUCCCACCGUGCUGAACUGUAACCUAGAAUUCGAAGCUAAACUAAAGCCCUUUUCCUUUACAGUUGCUUUCGUCAGAGUAUUUUACGACAACAUCGGGAAAAGAACCUAAGAUUGGUACCAGGACAUGGCCCUUUGCUGGGGUACAUCUGACUGCUUGGAUCUUGGGCCUUUGGAAUUGUUUUGUGGCUGGAAUGUGGACAAGUUUGGUGCUUUGGUCUUAGAAAAGCCACUGAGUGAUUGAGGUUUAAUGAAUGAGCUGUUGGUAGGUCCAUGGAAGACAAGAACGCUAAAGAAAUGUGGAUGUGAGGAUUCAUGAUCCAGGUUCAUGAUGGAAUGGUCAAUGUGAAUUGAUUGUCGGUUAUUGGGUUGAUAUCCUAAACUCAGUGUGUGUGUGUGUGUGUGUGUGUGUGUGUGUGUGUGUGUGUGUGUGUGUGUGUGUGUGUGUGUGUGUCGUUCUUGAGACCAACAAAGCCAAACAUGUUGCGGUCAUUCUUGACUCUUUCUGUUCAUGAUUCACAUUGGAUCUCUUAGAUAUUUUUUAAACAGAAAGUAAUUGUGUCUUCAGAUGUUUAAAGUCAGUCAUGUCUUUAUUCUUCCGCCCUGUGCAAGCUACUAAUAUUUCUCUCGGUGUAUUGCAGCAGCUGCCCAGGUAGUGUUCUUGCUUCUAGCCUUGUCCCUUCGGUCUGUUCCCUAUGCAUCAGCCACAAUGACCCUUUCCCAACAUAAAUUAGAUCCUUUCACAGUUUGCUUCUGAUGCUGCGUUGGUUGCUUCCCUGUUUCAUGUAGAAUAAACCCAGAAAAGUCCAUGCUGUGGCAAAUACUCGUGUAUCCUCUCCCUUGGCAAACUAUUAAUCUCUUCCUUCACUGGAUCCUUCUGUUCACCCCUACUGUUUCUUCCUGGCCCAAAGAAUGCCACCUCACUCCCUUUGGGUCGUUGCAUACCACAUUUUCAUCGGGGCCUCCUUGUUUAUAUCUGUAGCUUCACUGCUUGGAACAACAGCCAGCGUAUAGCAAGUCUUCACUAAGAAGGUUUGGAGGGACACAUGGGUGGGAAAGUUGGAAGAGGUGGCAGAAAGACAAAAGUGGGAAAUACUGAUUUCUAGCCCUUGGGGUGAGUGUUCCUUAUGAUGUUACUGAUUGAAUCAUUGUCAAUGUUUAGAAAAUAGAAAGUAAUUAAGCUGCAAAGAUUAUUUAAUGCCUUAUUAAGGUAGGCUCUGGAUAUGUGUUGGUUGAAUCAAUAGUAAUCUCUUAACAGAUUGAAUGAAAUUAUCAGAACAUAGAGAGAGUAUGGAGGGGGGAGGGAAGAGAGAUUAGUGUAAUUCCAGAGUUAGAUAAGCCUUUACAGUGUAGUUGAGCUUAUCAAACAUGAGUGACUGAACGGUUACAUAAGCACUGCAUUUUAAGAAAGAGACCACUAGAGGGAGCACAAGGUUAAGGAAAAAGUUCUCGUAGUGAGAUGCUCUUACCGUCAUUCACUUUUCUAUUUAUUAAUACAAUUGUCAUCUACACUCUUUCAUCAGUUCACAGUGUUCUCCUGAACUGAUUUCUUUCGUGUGUCUUUAAUAAAUAUCCGUGAUUUGAAUGGAAGGAUGACUGUUUAGAAUCCACAUAUUGUCUGUCACCUUGAAAUCUGUUUUACUAACGAACUGUGGUCAGAUGAUUUCCCUUGAGAAAUCAUCCUUCAGAGUUCAUAAACUACUAGUAAAUAUUAUAUGCAUGGUACUUUGUUCUUAAAGAAUCGUUAGGCAAGAAGAGCAAGAGUCAUGGAGUUUGUUGCUUUACUUUUGUAAAUGAUAGUUCAGACCCCAGGGUAAAUUGGGUGGUUGCCUGGCCUGACCUGUGUACCUCUCCCCUUCCCCCCACACUCCACUUCCUGGAGCAGUGACAGCUGAUAAAGGCCCUACUUCCUGAGCUUGUUUGAUUCCAUGGAAAUCAUUAGCUUUACUUCUGCACGCGGAGAUUGCAUUACUGGAGAAGCCCGCCAUCUACAAUGUACUUUAAGUUGUUUGGGAUGAGCAAAGUUUAGCAGAGGGCUUUAUUGUCUUCAUAAUCAUUGACCCGACUGAUACUCUUUGAUGGGAUCUCGGUUCUGGAUUUGGAGCUAUCUGUGCUGGAUUCCUGAGGAAUGUGGACUCCUUGACCUGUUGUCAUCUCAUGGUUGAAGUCUUUUACUGCCCUUAAUCUAGGCCUCUGAGUUGAACCCUCAGUUUGAGGGAUUUCUCAUGAAUGGAAUAAUUUAAAAUGACUUAAAAAUAGCAUUGUCUAGUAAACUUUACUUACUAGAAAAAAUGUGAAAGUAUUUAAAAAGGGGCAGCUCGUACAGUUCCUCUACCCCACAUAGUUUCCUCUGCCUUCGGUAUCUCCCAUGAGCGUGGUGCUUGGGACAGCUAAGAAGCCAAGACUGAUGCCCAGUUCUUCUGUGCACACCACAGUCUGUUCAGAUAUCAGCUAAGUUCCUUUGGCUUCUUUUUCUUUCUGUAUUAGGAUCCCAACCAGGCUGCCAUACAUUUAGUCAUUAUGUCUGCCCAGGCUCCUCUUGGCUUUGGAAGCUUCUCAACCUUUCUUUGUUUUUCAUGAUUUUCAGUUUCCAAAAGCCCUGCUCAUAUGGUAAAUGGUUCAGUUGAUUUUACCUAUUUCUAAUCUCUUUAAUGGAAUCUUUUCAAGGAGCCAGAGACAUCCAAAUCUUUUUUGUUCUUAGCACCUCUUUUUCUUUAGUUUAAUUUUUCCUCCAGCAUCUAUUUUAACAUUAAUUUCAAACAGUUCCUGGAGCUGCUCGUUGCUAGAGGGGGGAAUAGCCUUCCAUUUGUGAUCUCUUAACUCCAGUGUUCACUCUGGAGAAAGCCUUUUACUUCUCCACAGUCAGCAAACUCAUGCUGUCAUCGCCUUGUCUCAGGAAACUUAAGUGGGGAUUGUAGAUACAGAUUCAAAGUCUGUUUCUGUAACCGAUUGACCUUUGACUUUCUACUUUUUCUAAUGUCUGAAAUAGUAAGAAUUCUCAUUUCUAAUUUCUGUUUAAAUAGAAGAAGAACCCAGAACUCUGUGGUGGCUCACAGAGCAACAGUCAUUGCCACCAAGUAAAAGUCACCCCCCAUGUCCUCAAAUUUUAAUCUAAUUAUGCACACAAAUUCUUAUAAGAUUGAUACUACUAACUUACUUGGGAUGCCAGUAAGCUACAUUUAUUCCCUAACUCUCCUUUGUUAGAAUCUUAAAAACCUUUAUUUUUUGUGCCUUCUUAGAAUUAAGGGAUAUGGCUCUUUAAAUUGUUCAAGAAAUUAGAGGAAAAUCAAAGUAAGGCAUAAAUUAAGAGGAAUUUAAAACUGGCCUUGUCUGAUACACUUUAGUAGCAUGGCAAUAAUAAAAUCUAAAUUUUAAUUUACAAAAUUAAGGGUUUUAAUUUUUAUGUGUAUGCAUAUUUUGGCUACAUGCAUCUAUGCACCAUGUGCAUGCAGUACCUGCAGGACCAGAAGAGGGCGACAGAUCAUCUCCUUCCGCUCUCCAUCCGCCUCCAGGACUAGAGUUACAGACUGGUGUGAGCCACUAAAAAUUGAAACUGAGUCCUCUGGAAGAGCAGCCAGUGCUCUUAAAUUCUGAGCCAUCUCUCCAGCUCCCCACAAAACCACAUUUUAUCUACUAAUAAUAUAGGAUGUAUUACAGACAGGUUAGAGCAGAAUAUUACAGGAAGGAAUGCUGUGGGACAACACAUGGCUUUAUCCAUCAUCUUCUUGGUACGAGAUUGUGAUGGUUUUAUCUAAGGCAGCGGUUCUCAACCUGAGUGGCAACCCUUCUGGAGUGAAACGAUCCCUUUCACAGGGUUACAUAUCAGAUAUCCUGUAUACCGAAUAUUUACAGUAUAAUUUAUAGCAGUAUCAAAAUGACAGCUAUGAAGGGGCAAUAAAAAUAAUGUUAUGGUUAGGGGUCAGCACACCCUGAGAAACUUGUUAAAGGGUUGGAGCAUUAGGAAGGCUGAGGCUGUACUGAUCUAAGCAAUCUCAUGGAGGUUGCUAAAUGCUUAUUAUUAAUAUCCUGACCAGGACUCCCCUGCAGUAAUUUACUACAAGAUAUAUUUAUAUUCGUAAAGAAGGUAAUAGCAAUUAACUUCAAAGACUUCUGUUUGCUCUCAAAAGCAAAGAAAUUUUAUGAUAAGCAAUAUCAAAAUUUAGUAAAAACAUUCUGAGAAAUUCAUGCUAAUUACAUGAAUUAUGAAAUAAACUGUUGGGAUUCAACUCCCAAGAAAUAAGAUGAUUGAGAGCAAUGAUAUAAAUUAUGGACAGUUCUGAAUGCCCAGAGAAGUAAAGGGUCUUUGCCUCUUACUGGUCACAACUUGGCUCAAUAUUAAAGGCAGGUCACUGAGACCGAACGAUUUAUCUGUAUUAUGUCCUCAGUUGCAUUUUUGUUUCUGAUUAAAAAUUGGUUUCCUUCCAGGCAUUAUCUGUAGCUAGUUAACUCAGGCAGUUACAAUAUAUUGCAAGUAAGGCCCAAAGCAUGAUUUUUGACCUUGUGUAAUCCCAUUGGUUUUCAUAUGCUCAAAUGGUACCAUUGGCCAUACCUUUUUUUUCUUUUUUUUUCUUUUUCUUUCUUUUUCCUUUUUAAUUUAUUUACUUUUUUUUUUUUAAAAUCUGGCCAUCUCUUCAAAACCAUAUCCUUGGUCUGAAUGAAGACUAGGCUGGUAGAUGGAGAUUAGUACAUGUAUGUAACCGUAUCCUAAAACAGUGUGGGGACAGCUGAAAGGCCCUUUUCUCCAGGUGCUGGGCCAACCAUGUCCUUUCCGCUGCUUUGCUUCACUGUGUUGUACGAGUACCCGGAAAUACAGAGCUGUGUCUGUUCCCUCCUCUGUUUUAUAUUCUAUUAGCUCAGGGAAGAUUUUCAUUCCAUUGAGCACCAGACUGUGGGGUAUAUUUUUGGAAGCAAGUGUAGGUGUACCAGAGCCAAAAAAGGUUGGGAACAACUGUAGACAAACUGAUCUCACUGUUCCUAGAGCUGCCAAUUCUAGGCAUGGAGCCCUUAAAGUGGACUAUAAAUGUCGAGUGGGUGGUUAAAAGAAAAUCCAUUAUGUGGGCCUAAUUUCUGAUUUCCCAUAAUCAGGUGCCUGUGUUUUGUGUACAUGCAUAUUUUGUGUGGAGAGAAGCAGGUGUGCAUAGAACUGAUUUAUUUAGCUAUAUUAAAUCAGAAUUUGGGUCUCAUUGAAAGAAAACUCUGAAGUAUAUAAUUAGAAUAGGUAAUACUUUUUACUUUUAUAAAUGCAUUUUAAAUAUAUUGUGCUAACAUUCCUGUUGAAGGCAGUAGCUUAGAUUAGGGAUGUUGUGGUAGAAACUAAAGCAAAGAGACUCGGGUUCUUGGUUCCUAUUCCAGUUUCUAUCUUACAUUUAUAGAACGUGUACAUUUCUAAAGCUUGCUGGACAUAACUGUGAAAUGAAGUUAAAGAAGGAGUUCUGGUUUUUCGUUUGCCUUUGGGAGAGGAAACAAUCAGUUGUAAAUACUAAACGUUGAUCUGUAAAAGCCAUUGAGUCAGUUCUCACAAGUACAGUGCACUUGACAGCCUUGUGAAUGGGGCUGAAGGAGUAGGAGAGAGGGAGGGUAAGGAAGAGGGUAGGGAAGAGUGCACAGAAUCUAGCAUAGGCAGGUUCGGACAUGAGACAUGGAAACGUUGGGAGCAAAUGAUAUGUUAACCAGUCCUACCUUACAGGGAUACAUUCACUCUUCUUAGAUCCUUGGAGGGCAGCAGGGGAGACAGGCUCUCACCUUGUGGUCCUCACUGUCCUGGAACUUACUCUGUAGACCAGGCUAGCCUCAAACUCACAGAAAUUCUCUUGCCUCUGCCUCCUGAGUGCUGGGAUUAAAGGGGUGACAGCACACACAAGACCUGCACAGGUUUUAACCAGCACUGCAAAGGAAAAGUGAGCCAAGAAGCUAUGUGCAGUCGAUAUCUUCUGGGAGCUGAAAACCAGUUUUCUCUGAUGGAGUGUCAUUAGGCAUAUCAACCACAUUCCAGGCCAACCCAAAAUGGACUCUGGUUCUUUUGUGUAUAUACCUGCAUUGGGGGGGGUAUGUUUUUGUCUUACUGGGUUGGUUAUUUUGAUUUUCAGAUUAUUGUUUGGUUUUGUUUUUAUGGCUGUUACAUGCCUUACCUUGUGAAAAAUAUUUAUUAUGCACAAAGCAGUAAUCAUUAUCUGUGUAUAGAACAAAAACAGUAAGAGUGCAAGGCUUAUCCGGCAUAGCUGUUUUAAGAGAGAAGGUUAACAUACUCAUUCACCAGGUUAAGAACAUGAAGGUGUAUGGGUAGGAGGUGAGGAGGAUCAGGAAGGAGUUGGGGGACAGAAAGAAUAUUGAAUGAAAAUUAAUAAGAAACAUUUCAAUAUAUACAACACUGAGUCCCCUUCCUUUAUACCCUGCAAAUAGGAAACAAAAGCAAGCCUGUUCCAAUAGUGAUUUUGUCUUAAAAAUCAAUAUAGGUGUAUUUCUAUUUAAGAAAAGUCUGGAAAUUAAAAAAAUACUGGCAUGCUACUUGCCAAGUGAUAAAUAUAAAAUUAUGGUCAAAAGCAUUCACUUUAUAGAGGGGACCCUCCUCCAUGACUGGAUUCCCCUACCGAGUACCUUAAAUUAACAUCUCAGAUGAAUUAAUUUGAUUGAUGUCAUCAGUUAUCCCAUGAUUCUUCAGAAACACAUACCUUGGUAUUGCUACUUGUAAAAGGUAGGUGUUUUAUAAUAACUAGUCUAUAUGUUCACAUAAGCUAACAGGGAUUUCAGUGAAUUUUGUUUUCUGUGUUUUGUGUGGUACCAUAUGAGCUUUGCAGAUUUGCAUGUAGGACAAAGCAUAAAAACAGGACUCUGAGUGCUAUCUCGAGAGGAGAGAGCAAGGUAUUACACAUUAGAAUUAGAAGGGCAAAGGAUUUUUUAAGAGAAAAUAACAGUGAAAAUUGGCCAAUGCUAAUUUCUGAGAAAGCCAUCUUACUUCCCUCUCUAGUGCACCUCACCCCUGACCAAUCAGUUGAGUUCUCCCCUGCUGCUGAACUCCUCGCAGCCAUCUCUGCUCUCAAACAGAAAUUACCCAUAAUGGCACAAAUGGCAUCAUUUAAUGAAGCAACAAUAGGAGUACCAAUACCACAUUCCCAGAACGGCUUAAGAGGUUUGAUCAGCUGCUACUGGAAGUAAAUGGAAAAAAAUGUACCUUGUUUGAAAAUAUGAGUGCACCUUAUUAAGGACAGCCUUGAGCAGUAACAGCUACAUGCUUGGGUGCGGGAGCUCUUCAACGCCACGGCUACAGCUAGGCAAGUGGCUUUAUUCUGACCUGACAACAACCAUGGAAAUUUACAGAAGGUUCAACAACCGCAGUCCUGUAGAAAAUGGUAGACAGGUAUAAAAAGGCAGAGCUUCGUGCUAGUGUCACUUAAACACCCAAAAUGUACCAAGUGAAGACAUUUCUAAAGGGCAUCUUCCACAUCAGAAAAGCAUCGCUAUUUUCUUUAUCUCUUCGUAAUCAACAUACACCAAGUUCUGGAUGCACCAUUGCAAAACCAGGCCUUUUGAGAAUGUGCGUUCAAGAAUUACAACUUCCCCCAUUUAUUUGCACUAUAGUUUCAACAUUUUAUACUUUUCAUGUUACAUCCUUUCCCCCUUUUAAAUGCAUUCCCAUAUAUUUUAUUCUGUCAGUACUGUUAUAAAUAGGAUUUUCCGAUUUUACUUUUGCUGCUAUAUAUAAGACUCUGAGUUUUCAAUUUUUAAUGUUUUACAUUUACUUUAUUUUAUUUGAGUGGGGAGCAUGCCACCAUUUUAGUGUAGAGGACAGAGGACAACCUGAGGGAACUGGUCUUCUCCCUCCACUUAGUGGAAUCCAGGGAUUGACCUCAGAUCUUAGGCCUGGAAGCAUCAAUGCAUGUCUGCAACUGCUGAAGCAUCUUGCUGGCCCUGGUUUUCCUUUUCUUGCCUAAUUCUCCUGGCUAGAUCCACCAGAGCAUUCUUGAAUAGAAGUGGCACAUGUUUAUGCAUCUUUGGUCUGUUCCUACUUUAUGAAGAAAGUGGAGAGUGUCCUGCUGUUUAAGUGCAGUGUUAGAUGUGAGUUUUAUAGGUUCCCUCUAUCUGGCUAAGGAUGUAUCCUAGUCCUAAUGAGCAUUUGUAUAUUGAGAAGGUACUGGAUUUUGUCAAAUGCUUUUUCUGGAUCUAGUGAAAUGAUAAUUUGGUUUUAAUCUUUGAUGCUAGUGGCAUGGUACAUUGUGUUGAUUUACAGAUGUUAAACUCAACACUUUCCUGGGAUAAGUCCCACUGGGUUAUCGCAUAUAAUCAUCACACUAUACUUGUUGAAGUGUGUCUGCUGUUAUUUUGUAGAGUAUUUCUAUGUUUAUAAGGGAUAUUCGUCUGUGGUUUUCUUGUGGAUGUCUUUGUGUUAUCAGGAUAAUAAUAGUAAGAGCAGCCUGCGGCUGGCAUCUGAGUGGAGAACUGAGAAUUAAAGAAACCUAAGCUGGGAGUGUUGGUACCCUCCUACAAUCCCAGUGCUCGAGAGGCUGAGGCAGGGACGUUAGCCUUCAGAAUUACCUGGGAUACAUACUGAGUUCCAGGCUAACCUAGGCUAUUUAGCAAAUUGCAGACUGGCCUGAGCUAUGUACCAAGACCCUAUCUCAAAACAAUAAAAGAAACAUAUACAGGGCCAGGAAAACUGUUCAGAGGUACAGUACUUGAUUAGCAUGCAGAAAACUCUGAGUUCAAUCCCUACCAGAAAAACCAAAAAGGGAAAAAGAGUUAGAUAUCCAUGGCCGUUUGAUAAUCAUCAUGGUACUGAGGAAAACCAGUAUCUCUUAAACAUAUAGUGCUAGAAUAACUAGAUAUCAUAUGAAAAAGAAUGGUAUUGAUUCUUUGUUUAUAUCAUAUAUUAAAGUUAACUCAAAAGUCUAAGACCCUGAGACUUUCUGCAGAUAAUUUAGGAUUAAGUCUUCAUGACCUUGGGGAUAGAAAGUAAUUUCUUAGCUAGAACACCAAAAACAAACAAACAAACAAACAAACAGCAAAAACCACUCUAAAACUAACAAAAGAAAAAGUAAACUUGCCACACACAGUGGCACAGACUUGUAAUUCAAGUUAUAACUUAGCGAGAGCCUGCCUCAAAUAUAAAAGAUUGAGUUACAGCUUGAUGGUAAAACAUUUGCGCAGAAUAUGCAAGGCCUUAGGUUCAAUCUCCAAUAUCAUAAAUAAAUAACAAACGUUGAUGGCCACAAUUCUAUGGGCCUGUAGUCCUAGCCCUGGGGAUUCUAAGGUAGGAGGAUUUCCAGUUUAAGACCUGCCUGGACUACAGAAUGAGACCCUAGCUCAAGAGUAGAAGUUAAAAUGAUAUCUUCAAAUAAGUAGAAAGAUAACCCAUGUAGUAUGAAAAAACAUUACAAGUUCUUAUAUAACUGAUACAACUUAACAAUAAAAAGAACAAUUGGAGAAUAUACAAAGGAUUCGAAUAGAUGUGUCUCCAAAGAAGACAAACAAGUCACUAGUAGUGGCAUAUAAGAUGUCCAACGUCAUAAGUCAUUAGAGAAAUCCAAAUCAAAUCCACCAGAUGGACCACUUCAUACCCACUAGGAUAGCUGUGUGGGUUUUAAAGAUAAAUAGAAGAAGCAUUUACAGAGACAUGGAGAAAUUGGAACCCUCGUAUAUGAUUGAUGUGGAUGUAAAAUAGUCUAGGCACUUUGGAAACAGUUUGGUAGUUCUGUAAAAGUUAAAUACAGAUUUAUCCUAUGACCCAAAAGUCAUGCUAUCCUAAGGGGGUCUUUCCUCCCUGCCCGCUUGCUAUAAAAGCAUGAAAGAUAUAUACACAUGCAGAAGUUUAUACACCACAGUGUUCACUGUGGCCAAAAGGUGGAAACAGUUCAACAGUUCCAAUGUAUAUGAACUAACAAAUGUGUGAGCAUCAUGUGCUGUAUUCACACAGUGGGAUCGUUUUCAUGGUCAUAAAAGGAAUGGAGGGCAAGGAGUCAGUGGUAGAAAGCAUUAUAAUGAGAAGUAGCUAGUCAUAAAGACCCCAAAUUGCAUGUUCUGUUUGUAUGAACUGUCUACAAGAGGUCCUUAUGUCCUGGCACCCAGGGCAGGGUUGGGUACCGAAAGAGAGAGAAUGUAGUGACUGCUGAAGACUGGAGCGCUCCUCAGUGCAAGAUUCCUCUAAGACAGGAUGUGGAGAAGCAGAAAGCUGUUUUCUAAAAGGAAGGAUCAGAACUAGCUGCUUGUGGUAGGCCCAUUAUGUAUUUUAGUGACCAGGAGUGAUAAUGGUUUAUUUCCUAAAAAAUCAACACUUUUUUUUUAAUCAAUGGAAGACAAGAAUAGAAAAACAGAGUUUGUUGAAUUCACAUUUUUCUUCCUUUAGAUUUAUUAUAUGUGUAUGCGUAUUCUGCCUACAUGUCUAUAUGUUUUCAGUAUGCAUACCUGAUGCCCUCAGAAGUCAGAAAAAGAGCAUUGGCUCCCUUAGAACUGUAGUUAUAGAUGGUCAUGAGCCAUCCUGUGGGUGCUCGGACAGAAUCCAGGUCCUCUGCAGGAGCAGCAAGUGCUCUUAAUCACAGAGUCACCUCUCCAACCUCCAAAUUCACAUUUUUUUCAUAAAACUAAUUUUGCUUGUCAUCCUCAUCAUUGUCAUUGUCGUUAUUGUCCUUGUCAUCAUAGGCUCUCAGUAUGUGGCUCAGAGUGGCCUCAAACUUGCAAUACCCUUCCUGCCUUAGUCUCCUGAGUGCUAGAUUGCAGGUAUGUUCCAUCACAUGAGGCUAUAAAACUGACUCUUUUUUCUUUGAAUUUCUGUAAUUAAAAUAUAACCACACCAUUCACUCCAAACUAAUUUUGAUCACUUUUUAGUUCUCCGAACAGUCUAGACCUUGUAUAAUAAUUCCAUAACUAAUACAUCCUCUUUGCAUUGCACGGUUUUGUAUUGAGUGUACUUCACAUUGCAUUAUAAAUUUAGGCCUAUCAGUUACCCUUUGCACACAAGGUCCAAGUCUAGACACUCCUGCACUCAGCCUCACAGCCCAACCUUCUCCUCCCCACCUUGCCACCUGCCCUUUCCUGCCCUGGCAAAUCUUUUUACAACUCCACUGAGCUUUCCCACACUUUUCUAGAAUACCCCACACACCUCUUCUGAAAGGCUGCUUCUCCUCCAAGGCAGUUUAACUGUCUCCUUCACGGUGUUUUUGGUGUUCUUCCUACUCUGUAGGCAGAAUUAAUUGUCUUUACUUCCUUCUCCCCCAGUGCUGAGGAUAGAUAGAACCACAUUCUAGGCAAGUGCGCUACCACUGGGCUACAUCCUAAGCUUUUAACACUUUCAAUGUACGUUUAUUUACACACGCACACGUGCACACGCACAUGCGCACACACACACGCACACACAUGCACGCACAUGCAUGCACACACAUACAUGCAUGCAUAUAAUCUUUGGUAUAUGUGUUUUUAUUAUAUCAUUUCUUACGGGUUUUUUUUUUAUUCUCUGGCCAUUGAAAGUAGAAGCUAGAAAGCACAUAUUCUCAGCAUUCUUUGUUCGUUGACUAUAUCAAAUAUGAGCAUGAUCCAUGAUACUAUCCCAGUGAGCAAUCGCUAGAGCUAGCCAGCCAGACAGGUUCAACUAGCUCUCUGUGAAGAGGAUGCACAAGAAAACACUCCUUGCCUCCCCCAACCCAUUUGAUUUUUGAGCAAAGAUUUAUUGAACUCCUCUGGGGAUGUCUAGUAUCCUGAAAAACCCAGAGAUGUAAUGUUGCUGCCAUUAAGGAUUUUAAGAGAUUAGGGCUAAGACUCUCAUAUAUACUAUAACUAUAUAAACACACACACACACACACACAGCAGUAUGUAGUAAAGGACUGCACUUUAAAGCAGCUUCUAAUUGCUGCCAGAUUUCUGUGGGAAGGAAGCUCUCUCUCCUGCACCACAAGCUACACAGAACCGUACUUUAGCAAUUGACAGCCUUGGAUGUACCCCCUAUGUGGAGUUCCAGUGUGGCAACAGGAGACUUAACAGCUUUCAGCACUCAGUGGACAAGCGGUAAAUGGCACUGCCACCCCCUAAGGUGGCCUAGUCGGAGAAAGUGAACCAAGGGGAAAAUGAGCCAGGGUUCCUUGGAGCAUUUUCAAGCUUUUAGGCUUUUUUCCACCCAGCAGGGAAUUUCUGUGCCUUUAUCUCUUUUUAUGGAAAAAAAUACCACAUACUCAAAAAUGUUUCUUGAAUAUUAGUUUCCUAUUGCUACUAUAACAAAUUACCACCGGUUUACUGUCUUAAAACCACAGAAGUUUAUUCUCACACAGUGUUAGAUGGCAGUAUCUGAAAAGGUACAGGCUGGCCCGCCUUCCUCCUUGGGUUAUAGGGGAAAAUCUGGUUCCCUGCCAUGCUAGGUCCUAGAGCUAUAUUCUGUUCUGCAGUCUCUCUCUCUAUUACCAAGCUACAGUGUAGCCUCUUUGCUGAGGUCUCUCAGUCUGCUUGUGGGCUGUGUUGAAUAGCCCUCUGCCUUCCUGCUAAGGAUCCUUUGGAUUGAAUUUAGGACCCACCUGGAUAAUGCAGACUAAUUUCCCCAUCUCAGGAUCAUUAACUUUAUCACACACACAGAGUUCUUGCCACAUACAUAACACUGAAAUAGAGCCCAGGGAUGAAGACAUGGACACCCGGGCUAGAGGGAUAGUGGUAGAGCACUUGCUUAGCACAUGCAAACCCUAGCUACCAUCUCUAGCAUCCUACAUAAUGCAUAUAUGGAGACAGGGACAUUUUGCGGGGACACUAUGUAGCCUCCCACAGGGAUAUACAGGCACUGUGCUAGACCCGCACUACGCUUUUUGUAUUCUCAGCUUCAGUGCUCUACUACACUGUCAAUUCCCAGAACAUAAAGCCCAUGUUGGUUUUCCUUUCUGUGUGCCUUAUAUGUUCCCUUGCCUGUUGCUUAUGAGAGAGACCACAUAAAUCAUUAAUGAAUAGUAUAAGCCAAACUUGUCACAUGGUAGAAUUUAAAUUAACUUCAGUGAACAUGCGGGGAAAGGGGUUUUGGUAUCUGAAUAGUUAGAUGCACAUUAUCAGACAGCCAGUGUGCCACACAUCUUGUUAUUCAAGAGACAGCUGUGAGGAGGGGAUACACUGAGCAACCAAGAGAGCCUGGACUGGCUAAGAGUGCGGUGGUAGAUGGCUAGUGCCUCUAAGGGGCAUGGAUUGAUGGGUGUCCCGUUUAGAAGGAAUCGCACAGGUUACCUGGUAUCACCAUGACCACCUCCAACCCUAAGCCAUUGUCUACUGUUGAUGGAGAAGGAGAACCUGCCCAGUGGCAGCCAGCAGCAAAGCUAAGCAGCUCUAACCAAACCGAAGAGGUAAGGAAAGGCAUGCCGGGGCUUGGCUUUAGGCAGAGAUUCUGUACUUUGGGGGUACCUACAAUGUGCUAGGCAGUAUGUUAACGACCUAGGAUUUUACCAGGCAUAGGAUGCUAGACAUUCGUCAAGUUGAAGAGGCAUAUACUUACACUGAAAUAAUUAAGUUGUUGGGUUCAUGUUAUAUUCUAGACAGUGAUGCCAGAUACCAGAAUACAUAUAGAAUACACUGGUUAGGCUUUCUUCUACAUGAAGAAGUUCAUAGUUAGUAAAAACUGACACAUAAACUAACAUGCUAUCAAAUGGGGCAAAGAGGCCUUUUACAGGCAGAAACAAAAGGAAAGGUUGGGUUUUUCCCCUUUCUUUUUAAAGGGCAGUAGACACGCAAAGGUAGAAGAUACAAGGAAACAGGACUUGCAUCAAGAGUUUAGUAUGUCUGGGUCAGUGGCAGAAGAUACAGCUGGAAACUCAGGGGAGGGCUGGAUCCUCAAGGACCUUGUGUACUGCAUUAAAGUGUUUGGACUUAUCCUGCAGGCAGUGGGAAGCCAGAAAAGAUCAUUAAGUGGGGAAGUGACACAAUCAGAUUUUUCUCUGACAAAAAUAACUCUGGCAGGAGUGUGGAGGAUGAAAUCCAGGGGUGGUGAGCCCAGAGGCCGGAAGACUGGUACAGUCAGCCAGGGGGCAGUAAUGAGGAAAUCUGAAGGUUGGGCUAGAAAAAGCAUUAAGGAAAGUGGACUCUGAAAGGGAGGCAGUACAAUCAAAACUGCCACUAAGGUUGCUGGUUUGAAAAGUGACAGAAUACAGGAGGAAAAGCGUGUCACAGUGCUAAUAAAGAGGACAUUGUUGUUUGUGGUGUCUGCUGUUACCCAUGCUGAUCAAACAUUUUGUUGCUAUAAUUAAAAAAAGUGACCAAACAACUUAUCAGGAAGAGUUAUUUUGGCUCACAACUUCAGAGGGUUCAACCCACAGUCCUCAGUGCCUGUGGUGAGGCAAAAAUGUCAUGGCAAUAGAAAUGUGGCAGCGGUUACUCCCCUCAUGGUAGAUAGGAAGUAGAGAGGGGCCCUGAACAGGUACCCCCAUGUCUUCCUCCAGCUAGACCCACCAUGCUAAAGUUUUUAAAACCUCCCCAAAUAACACACCAUGUAAGGACCAAGCAUUCAGUGAGCCUGUGGAGGGGGAACUUCUAAUCUAAACCAUAAUGUACCAGAGAGGCAGAGCGAGAGGAAUCGAACAGGGACAGGGAUGGCAUGUGGGAACAGCAGCCCUUAAGCCAACUGAUAGCACUGGACACCUAGCAUGUGCUGUCCACUGGAGGAAGUCCCUGAGAUCCUUGGAGUGGCAAAGGAGAAAGGACUGUGUUUGCCCUUCGGGAGCAUGACUUGGGGUCAGCAAGGGCCACAGAAGUAAUGCUGGAGUGCAGUAAGAGGCGCACACUGACUGGCGAGACAGCUUUGCCCCUAACCCAUGUGAAAAGAGGGAGGGUUCCCAAAGCAAGGGCAAACUCUGCGGAAGCUUCAGAAAACAGGAGCUUACUGUAAGUGGAGAGGGCAGGCUAUUCUACACAAAGGAGACAGCAAAAGCCACAUCAGAAAGGGAGGAAGAAAGAAAAACAUGCUGCCUUCUAGUAGUUUAGAUUCUAAGCAGUAUGGACAGUGAAAGUUUUAUAGUAAUGUAGGGCUAUAUGGAAGUAUUUCAUGCAUAUGGGAGUGUUUCCCCCUCCUACAACAUACAUACAUUCUGGGCAAACAGGGAUUUAAUUGCAAAGCUCAGAACACAGUGAACCUUUGCAAGAUAUUUGUUGAAAGUGGAAACUAAAGUCAGCGGCCAAGAUUAGAAGGCUGUAAAGUAAUGCAGGAGGUAAAUGACGGACAUCUGACCCAGCAUGGGCAGUAGAAUGUAUGGAGGAGGUGUUCCAAUGUAGAAUACAGCAAGCAUUUGUCCAGUCAGUGAUGAUAAGUACAGUAAAUGUAUGUGUGCUUUAACUUAUCAGAAUGACAGCCAGCUGUGUCCUGGAUACUUCUGGAUACCAAGAUACAAAGAGAAGUAAGACACACAGCCUGUUCCUAAGCAGCUCGCACCUAAUGGGGCAGACAGAAGAGCCCAUGAAAAGAUAAAUAUAGGAAGUGUGAGAGCGCAGAGCCGGCCGAGCACAUGUAGGAAACAGCUACUUCACAUAGAGGUGUGGGGAAAGGCUUUAUGGUAGUGACAUCGGAGCUGUUGUCAGACAUGGGAAGGGGGGUUGGUAGGCAGAAGAGGGUGCAUAUGAUAUUCCAGGAUGUAGACUCACAUGCAGGAAUGUGGGGGUUUGAAAUGGCUUGGUGAAAAGUUCAAUGUGGUCCAGCUACAGGAAUGAGAACUAGAUUGUGUGUCAUGUGCAUAUCCGCGUGACUGGUAGCUGAUGGCAGGUGUCUCUAACCUGAUGAAAUGUGGACACACAGGCCUCCAUUAUCUCCACAUCCUGCUGGUUCUAGCUCCUAAAUAGUCCUUGACUCCAGUGUCUCUAGUGUCUUCUCCUGCCAGUGCCAGGCCAGGCCUUAAGAAAGGAUGUGCUGUGGAAGAGUCCAAGGCCUCCUCUGGGCUUACUGGGAAAAAGUAAUGAGAUCUGCCAUGGGUGGGCAAAAGAACCAUGCCGCGUCCUGAGGUCAGAGCAUAGGGUGCACACGGAGGAGGGUAAGAGCUGAUGCCUUCAAGUCCACUUUUCAGCCUACUAGGAUGAAGAAGGGAGCCAGGGAUGCAGCCCCGCAAUGGAGGGUUUGCCUGGCAUGUGCGAAAUUCCCCUCUGAACCAAGCACAGCAGAGCUGAUCUGGCUGGAGAUACUUCCUCGGUAAGUAGACAGCUUAGAUAACAUGCCAGUGCUACAGACGUGCGGUUUGGAAAUACUGUACGUGCACAUCAGACGUAGACAAAUUUCUUUUCCAUAGUGAUUUCUACCGUGUUUAAGCUGUGGAGACUGUAAGACGUCUAUCUUCAAUAAAAUGUUAUUUGCAGAACUGUACAUGGUGGUUCACCGCUCCUAGCACCGGAGGCAGAGGCAGGUAGAUCUUUGAGUUCAAGGCCAGCCUAGUCUACAGAGUAAGUUCCAGGACGGCCAGGGAUACACAGGGAAACCCUGUCUCAAAAACUUUUUUUUUAAAAAAAAUGUCAUCUGCAGAAACACAUAAUAGGCUAGCCUUGGCCCGUGAGCCGUGGUUUUGCCGACUACAGGAGAGAUGGCGGUCAGUCACAAGAUCUGCAGUUGGAAUUUCAGUUCUUACGCACUAACUUCAUGACCCUGAGUAAGUCAUUUCUACCUUCCUGGCCCCCUUUCUUCAUGUAUGAGAAAGAGUUUCACGAUAGUGCCUUUUUGUAGGAUAACGAAACAACUGGCCUGCUGUACGUAAUCCUGCUGCAGUGGAUGCUCAGGAAAUGUUGCUGAAGUGUUAAUAGCACCAUUACUAUUGAGACUAUUAAUGUUGUUAUAGACUUAAUUUGAAUUAAGAUCAGAAGAGUGGACAAGCUCACAAAGGAAAGCGAGUCUCACAGAAGAGAAGAGAGCAGUGACAGCUAAGGUGUAAGCGACAGCUAAGGGGUUAGUAGCCGACAAAGCUUUGGAAGGAAGUAUUGCCGCAGUACUUCAGAGGGACAGGAAGUUGCAGUGUAGGGGAUCUAGGGAAAGGAACUGAUUAACAGAGGGGUAAAAGACAAAGGUCUUUUAUAGUUAUGAAGCAGGCCAAGAAAAGACAGCUAUCCAAAGACCUAUGCACGGCCUGUAAAUGGGGAAAGAGGUGCAGUUUCCCUAACAGUCGAGCAAAGAUGUGAAAUUUAAGCCAUGCAUUUUUGGCAUGCCACAGUGUUAUGCCAUUGGUGCCAGUGCAAAUGUAAAUUCCAUGGCCUUCCCAGAGGACAGUUUAGCAAUAUGUAUUAGAAUGAAAAAUAAGAGAUUCUAUGAGACAUCAGUCUUUUGAGAAUUACUAAUCCUAAAGGAUAUAGACAAUUAUACAGAUGUGUUUUAGAGACAUGUAAUAACAUUGCCCUGAGCAUUGUGACGGCAAAAGUGAUCUAAAGUAGUCAACAUAGAAUUGUUUCCGGCUCAUAACUACAACAGAGCACUAUACAGCCAUUAAAAGGAUGACACGGCUCUGAACUCAGACAUGGACAUACUGUGGAAAGGUUAUAAAAUAGUUUCCUAGCAAACAUGUUUUGCUGAUUUGUCAUCUGAGUGGUGAGACUUCAGAGAAAUGCAUUUAUUGUUACAAGUGCAAAGGGUUGAGUAUUUUUUCCUGUGCAUGUUGUUACUUUACAGAAACAGUAACAAGUGCUAUGAUGUCAAAGCAGCUUCCAGAAAAAGGUGAAACUCCAAUAUAUAACAGUUGCCAUUUGGGGUGUUUUAAAUAUUCCCAAGGGCAUACAGAGAUUCUUUAAUAUUCAAGGACCAGCCAUCAUUAGCCAGUCCUGGCACACCAGAGAAAGAACUCCUAGAUAUUUGCUAGUGUCAGAUGUUACUCAAGUGACGUAAAGAUGGAAACCACCUGACACUGGGGACUCAGAGAACAGGAGUCCCAGUAGGACAGUGGCAGGAGACCUCAGAAACAAGCCAGCAGAAUGAAAGAUAUUAUGUAGCAAACUGAAGGAAGGAAAUGCGGAGUUGCUUGUGGGCAAUAUGGAAUCAAGAGAAGUUUAAUUUGCAUGGAGGGAUAGGAGGUGGGGGUGGAGAAAUACCAACAGAAGCUGGUUGUGGGGGCACGUGCCUGUGAUGGAGGAACCUGGGAGGCAGAGGCAAGAGGACCAGAAUUCCAGGCUAUGCACUGCUGUAUAGCAGCUCUGACACUAGCCUGGCCUACAUGAGACUGUUUCAAAUCUACAUAGAAACAAGUAAAUACUUGAGAAAGCUUUAGUGCCCAUGAUGUGUAUACCAGAAUAUUCUCUUUUUAUUCUUAAAUUUACAUUUACUGGGGGGGGGCGUGUACACUUGCAAGUCAGUUCUCUACUUCAACUUGUGAAUUCUGGAAUGGAACUCAGGUCAUCAAUCUUGGUAGCCAGCACCUUUAGUUGCCGAGCCAUUUUGCCAGCCCCCAUGAGUCUCAUUGAGACAAUUCAUUCUUAGUGUGGAUGUUAUCUUUUCCGUUUUUGUAUGAAUAUUGUUAUAAAUCUCUUUGGAUGUAUCUGAAACUGGAGGCUCAGGCUUUUGUGAAGCAAGAUGUGUAGCUUCACCCUUGAUCAGGUGAGAAGGGGAGAAAGUUUACCACUGGAAGAGUGACAGUGAGGACUGGGAAGGGUCUACCAGAUUUGGCAGUUAGAAGAUUGCUGGCAUAGUUUUGGGAGUAUACAAAGAACAGACUGCGGGGCAAGUGAAUGAUGAGGAAAUGAAGGUGGGCUGGUGGAGGGAAGAACAGGAGAGGCAAGAGAAGAGGAACCUAAUAAAAUACAAGGCAGGCCACGGAGAGAGCCCCAUCAAGCCAGUUCCUCUGUGUUCUAUACUGCUCAUUGCUUUUGCUUUUUUUGUUUUGUUUUGUUUUGUUUGUUUUGUUUUUCUUUUGGAUCUUUGCUUCUUCAAGAGAAUAAAGUUGCCACAGUUCUCCAGCUCUGGGCCUGGCUCUAUCUCUCAAGAGCCCUGGUUCCCUUCAGUAGAGAAUGGUGUGUCAGGACCACAGUCUGGACACUAAUGAUGGUCACUGCUCCUUUCACAUGCUACUUUUAGGCCAUUACUAUAGACUAACCUAGAAAGUAUAUGCAUGUAUGGAUAUAUGUAUUUAUAUAAGAAGCGUAUAAUUAAUUAGAUAGACAUAGAUUGUGCUUAUAGAAAAUCAAUUACAGUAGUUUUUAUUUUUGUCUAUUGUGAUAUUCUGAAAGAAAGAUCUUUCUAGCAAAACACUGGCUAAUAAAUGUGUGAUGAAGAUAGAAUAGAAAAUCGCUAUUUUUCAGAUCUUUCCCUGUAUAAUAAUUGAUUCUGCCAAAGAUCAUUGUGUGGGUGCUAAAACCACUGAGGAAAAAGUUCUUCAGUCUCAAAGUAUUACCCUACAGAUUCCAUACUAAUUAUAGAGGGGGUCAUGCACAUUUACAAUGGGAAAAGCAUUGUUAAUAGCAGACCAGCUGAUAUAAUGCCUCCUGGUAUGAUGUAACAAAAAGCACACAGCACCACUUUCCUUUCCCAAAUGUUUACCCUGAAUCUAACUAUGAAGAAAGAAGUAGAGAAAGGGCAUCCCCUAUGCAGUUGGGCCUGCACCACACAAAGCUACCGUCAUGAAAAGCAAAAGAAGGUUGAGUAAGGGUUCUGGAUUUUAUUUUAUGUGCAUAAGGGUUUUGUGCACAACUGGUGUUCUUGGAGAUUAAAGAGAAUGCCAGAUCCACUGGAACUGGAGUCUGCGUGGUUGUAGUAUGCUGUGCAGGUGCUAGGAACCAAAUCUAGGUCCUCUGCAAGAGUAACUGGUGCUGUUAACUGCUGAGCUGUCUCUGCAGCUCACGUGUUCUAGAUUAUAGAAACUGGGAGUUCUAAUCAAAUGCAGUUGUCAACUUGGAGAGACACAACUAAUAAAGAAGGAUACUUUACAAUAACUGGAGGAGUUUAGAAACGGAAAAGAUAGUAUUGUUGAAUUAACAUUCAUUUUCUUAGGUGUGAUCAUCCUUUUUUCUAAGGGGUGUAUAAUAAAGUACUAAGGCAUACUAUAUUUGUGGUUCUAAUAAUUCUGCAAAAACAGGAGGUGUGGGUAGGAAUUAGUACUAAUUAGUGAAUGUAAGAAAAUGUGCAUGACUACCUAUGGUUUUUUUCUCUUAAAUCUUCUCUAGAUUUCAUCAUUUAAAAUAAAUCUAUUUUUAAUGGUUAUUGUUAAGAUCUAGGAAAAUGUAUGGCAGUAUCUUACAAAUGCUACUAAGAGAAGUGCUAAAAAGAUGAAAUUAGACCUUUACCCCAAACUACAUACAAACAUGAGCGAAACCUAAAUGUAAGAACUAAACCUUUAAAACUUUGUUUUUGUUUUUGAGACAGCGCCUUCCUAUGUAGCCCUGGCUAGUUUGGAACUCUGUACAUAAACUAGGUUGGCCACAAACUCAGAGACUAGCCUGCCCCUCCCUGCUACUCUCAUAAAGGUAUGAUCUAAACUAAAACUUCUAAUAGAAAGCACAGGAAACAACCAUUGAGACAUCAGUUAGCGAGAUUUCUAAGGCCUAAAAGCCAAAGUAUGAUCUAUAAAAACUGAUAAAUUGAACUACAUCAGAAUUUAAAUAUUAUACUUCAAAAGGCACCAUUGUGAAGAUGAAAAGAUAAGCCACAGACUGAGGAAAUAUCUACAAACCAUAUAACCAGUAAAGCUCUCCUGCCUAGAAUACACAAAAGAACUGUUAAGGCUGCAGUUCUAAAGUAACCUAAUUUACAAAUGACAACAAUAUUUGAGUAGAUAUUUUAAAUAGAUGAGAAGAUGCUCUGUCAUUAACAUUUAGGAGAAUAGAGAUCAAACCCACCAUGGCAUAGCACUUCUUCUUCUCCAGAAUGGCUGUAGUAAAAAGAAUGCCCCCAAGAAGUUGGUGAGGACGCUGAACAUCUUUUGGUAUCAGUGAUCGCUCAUAGGAAUAUAGAAUGGUAUAGGCAUUUUGGAAAACAGUUUGAUGUGUUUUUAAGAAGGCAUUUACAAAUGUAUCAUCUGUCCCAGCAUUCCUCUCCCAGGAAAUUCUCUCAGUAGAAACAAAGAGUACAUGUGUACAAAGAUUUGCUCAUGAAUGUUCUCAGCAGCUCUCUUCAUUGCAGUCAAAAAGUUGAAGUCACAUGUGUGUUAACUAGCACCUAAACAAGGGGUAGUUUGUCUGUACAACGCACUAUUUCCCAGGGAUUAAAAAAUUGAUGCACAUGGAUAAAUGUCGACACCAUCAAGACAAGUAGAUACACUCUUAGGUAUUUACAAAUGAGUUGAAAACUUGUAUCUAUACACAACCUACUCCCAAAUAUUACUGCAUCUUUAAUCAUAAUCAUCUGAAUCUAGGGGCUGGAGCGAUGGCUCCAUGGUCAAGAGCACUGGCUACUCUUGCAGAAGACCUGGGUUUGGUUUCCAGCACCCAUAUGACAGUUUACAAAACCAUUUGUCGCUCCAGUUACAGGAAACCCCACAACCUCUUUUGGCUUCUUUGGGUACUAGGCACACCCAUGGUGCAUAUACAAACAUGCAGACAAAAUAUUCAUAUACAUAAAAUAAAAGUAAGUGGGGCUGGAGAGAUGGCUCAUCAGUUAAGGGCACUGACUGCUCCUCCAGAGGUCCUGAGUUCAAAUCCCAGCAACCACAUGGUGGCUCACAACCAUCUGUAAUGGGAUCUGAUGCCCUCUUCUGGUGUGUCUGAAGAGAGUGAUGGUGUACUCACAUACAUUAAAAUAAACAAAAUUAAAAAACAAACCAAAAAAAACCAAACUAAAAGUAAGUGAAUCUUAGCCAGGUGUAAUGCCACAUACCUGUUAUCCUAGCACUUAGGGGGCAGAGGCAAUUUGAUCACUGUGAGUUUAAAGCUCAGCUGAGUAGGUAAACACACCGUAUUCUAUCCAUCCAAUGGAAAAAUCAUUCAGCAACUUAAAAUGAAGUAUUAAACCAUGAAAAAACCAUGGCAAAACCUUAAAUACACACUGUUAAACAAAUAAACACUACCUGAAAGGCUAUAUUUGGUAUGAUGCCUACUCUUUGACAUUCUAGGAAAGGUGAAAGUAUAAAGACUGUUAAAAAGAUUAGCGGUUGCCAAGGACUCAGAGGAGAGGUGACAGAGGCGAGGAGGAUGAGCAGAUGGUACACAGGGCUUUCUAAAGCACUGCAACUAUUCUAUAGACUUAGUGUCAGGAAGCAUAUGGCAUCAUGUGUUUCCGAAAACUUCAAGAGCCUGGUACCAAGCAUGAACCCUAAUGCAAACUGUGGACUUCACUUAAUAAUAGCAUCAAUAUUUCAAUAAAUGGGACCAUGUUAAUGAAAGAUGUUAGUAAGAUUGUAGUCUCACAGUGGGAAAGAGGUGGCUAUGUCAUCUCCAAUCUAUCUUCUUGGGGUUUGGGGCUGGUUUUGUUUGUGUGUUUUUUCUUCUGUUUUGUAAGUCUAAGACUAUUUUUUAAAAUACUCAUAAUUAAAAAUACAUAUGGCAAGCAAAGGAGGCCAAUUAGGAAAGACCAGAUUGUCUAUAAUUGUAUUUAUAGGAAAUGGACAGAAAAGCAAAUCUAUAGAGAAAGAAAAUAGAGUGGAGCUUUGCAGAGUCUGUGAAUAGGAACAGGGAUUAGCUGUUGACAGGCAUGAGGGAUCUUAUGGGAGAGAUGAAAAUGGUGUAAACUACCUCAUAAUGAUGAUUGCACAGCUUAGUAAAUGUAUUAAAAACCAUUGUGACUUCAUAUUACUAAACUUUAUGGUUCUGAAUAGUAUUUUUCCAAUUCCACAUGGUCCCUGUCAUGAUUCCAGCUUUUUUUUUUUUGACAAGCCCCCAUGUAACAGCCUAACUGAAGCUGACCUUAAGGAAUCCUCUGCCACCAUCUUCCAAGUGCUAGAAUUACAGAUGUAUGCCACCAUACCUGGCCACUUGGCUUUUUGAACAACUUGACAAACUGAUUUUAAAAUUCAUAAUGGAGUAUCAGAAACCUAUGACAACAAAGCGCACUUGAAAAAGAACAAGUUUGAAGUGGUGGUACUGGCCUAGGAACAGAAGUGCAAAAGGAGGCCAUGGAAUUAAGUGGAUAGAAUUUAAAAUUAAGAAUCAGAAGUUAGAACAUUUGCCUAACAUGAAUGAAACCCUAGGUUCAAUCCCAAGUACUAAAAAAAAGGCUCAGAAGUGUACCUAUACAUUUAUAAUAAUUAAUUUUUAACAAUAAAAUAUUAAAACAUUGAUAAAAAGACAUAAAAACAAAACAGUCAUACACAACUAAAAUAUGGGUAUUAGCCAAGUGAAGUCCAUGGUAAAGACCAGCAAUUCCAGCACUUGAGAGACAAACAGGAGGAUUAGGAACUCAAGGGCAGUCUGGAUUAUGAGCAAGAUUCUAUCUCCAAAAUCAAUUAAAAUAAAAUGAAAUAAAAUAGUAAAACAUGGGCAAGCAUUUGAAUAGAUGUUUUUCUUCCCAAGGAAAAGACAUAAAUGGCCAAUAAACACUUGAAAAAUGUUCAACAUCAUUAGUCAUUAAGCAAAUGCAAAUUAAAACCACAGUGAGGUCCCUCUUCACACCCACUGGGAUGUUCGAUUCAAAGACAUAAUAACAAGUGUAGGUGAGGACAUGGAGAAGUCAGAAUGAUUGUGUCCUGCUGGCCAGACUGUAAAAUGGUGCAGCCACUUCAGAAAGUGUGUGGUAGUCCUCAAAGGCAUAUGUGUAAGUGCAGAUGCAUGCCACCAUCCCCUUGACAUUUGUAAGAGCAAAAGGAAGGCCAUUGUGGCUGGAGUGAGUAGCAAGGACAGUGGUACAAGGCUAGAGAAAUCGCCAGGAAUCAUUGCAUGCAAAGACUUUAGGUCAUGGCCGUGCUUUGGAUUUUACUCUAGAUGUGAUGGGAAUUUUGAACAGGGGCCUCGGACCUUGGUAAGUUCAUAAUAGGCAUUGUAUGGAGCAGGGCAAUUUGGGAGAAGUCAGAGAAUUCCUGGGCACCCUUGAAGGUGUACUCAUUGAGGGAGCCCUAACUGUUUGAUGGUUGUAUGUCUACAGUUGAAUAUUGUUUGCUUUCCAGUGUCACAUGGUCAUUUUAGCUUUGGAACUUGGGGGCAGUAGGCAGCUGCAUUUAAGAAAAUGGGCUAGGGUAGGUAGGCAAAGUAGCUCAAAAGCGUACAGGUGGGCUCUUGCAAGGAAAUAUAGUAGAAUGGGAGAACUCCUUUCUGCAUUUUGCUAUCUCUUCCUGUUAGCAAUUAGAAGCGUUUAAUUGAAUGAAAAAGGACCUUUAGUCAAGAGGGCUGAUGUGAGCUCUCAGUGACUGAGACACCAGGGUAAAGUGUCAAAGCUGACAACUCCAAGUAAGGUAAAGAAACCCUUCUGGUAGCUUGCUUUGCUUAGUCAAACUCCUCCUCCGUUGUCAGCAACAGUUCUGUCUUCCCAAUUCCCUGCCUCACCUAGUUCUUUGUGGUGCACUUGAGUCCAUUUUACCCUAUACGGAAAACAUACACAGUGACCCUGUGUACACAGAGGCCAGCUUCCUUCUGAGCCUGCCCUUCCUCUACACAAAUCCCUCCAGGAGCUUUUUGUCUCCCCGGGAAGUCCAGACGUCUUGCUGCCCCCAGGCACCAUUGAUUUGGUCCUGCAUACCUCUUGUGGCAGUGUGCUCUCCUGUGUUUCCUGAGCCACACUGGCUGUGGUCUUUAACUGCCUCCACAGCCCAGGAAGGUUCUCACUUUUUCUGCCUCAGUGCUCCUGCAGCCUCAGUCCCCCUGAUGGAGAGGCUUCCCCAUCUGAAAGUGGCUAGUUGUUUUUAGGAUUGUUUCAUGUCUUGGUUCUGGGGCCACCUACACAGAGCUUUCCCUCACCAAACUCUUCUUACUCCAUCAUGGUUCUGUAUUAUUUUUCUAACCAAUGUCCUGUUUUCUUGUUAUUGGUCUAACCUAUUUACCAUCUGUUCCACAUUUCUCUUAUACGAUGAGAUCCUUGAGAAUAGGGUAUUAAUGUGUCCAGUUCAUCAUUAUUCUCAGAACACAGAUUUGUGUGUUGAGAAAGGAAGCAAGGGGAAGGCUUCUUUUGUUUCUCUCCUUAGUCCCUACUGUUAAGUAAGCCCAAAUUUCCCUCAAAAUUACCCUUCAAAUUGUAUAUAUACAAUGAAAUACAAGCAAGUCAUAAAAGAAGGAAAUUCUGUUAUCCAUAAUGAACAAAGAUGAGUUUACAAACAUUAGCCAUUCACAGAAAGACAAAAAGCAAAUACCACAUGAUCUAAUUUAAAUGCAAGAAUCUAGGUUACAGUGAGGCUCACCGAUAGUGUCCUGAGGCCCCGAGCUCAAUGCCCACUGCACGAAAAGAUGCUUAGACUCCAAGUCAACCUAACAGAAAUGGAAAGUAGAAUGUGGCUUACCAAGGGAUCAGGGAGGUGUUGGUUAAGGGACAAGAAGCUAUAGUUUCUCCAAGGUGAAGUGCCGAGAUCUAAUGGGUAGCACAUUGACUACAAUUAUUAAUUCAUUGUAUCUACAUUUUCUUAGAGCACAUCUUAAUUGUUCUCACACAAAAUAAUCACUUCAAAUGAUAGGUCUGUUAUUUAAAUUAAUUUUGGUGAUUAUAUCACAAUGUAUAUAUGUUUCAAGCCAUCAAAUUGUACAUAAUUAAAAAAAACAAAAAAAAUCCUAAUCCUUCUAUGGGUAGAAUAAAAUCCUGAUUUUCAGAUUGGUCACGAGGAUUGAGGAUGGUCAUAUUUCAGAGUCAAAUAUAGCUUCAGGUCACCUGUUCUACUCUGUCCCAUAAAUCAAACCCUUUCCCACAGCAUCCAUUACCAGCAUUCUUUGAAGGUGCCUCCGAAGCACUUGUAGAAAGUAAGAGAUGGUUAAAUAAAUAGGGUUCUGGACCCCCACUGACUUCUCGCCUGCCUUCCUACUUUAGGUACAACACCGAUGAUGUUUCCUUUCCUGUUUUGUGUAUAUGUCUGUUCAUACAUGUGUACAAAUAUGCUACCAUGGAAGUGGUGGCAGGAGGUCAAUCUUAGGUAUCUUUUUACAGUGUACUUUGAGAUCUUAUUGCUUGAGAGGUCACUCACUGAAGCUGGAGCUCAGUGAUUGGCUAGACUUGCUAGCUAUCAAGCACUGCCUCUUCAGUGCUGGAAUUGUAGUCAUGGGCUGUAUUGCAACUAGCUCUUUCCAUAGGUGCUGGCAAUCCAAACUUAGGCCCUCCUCCUUCUACAGCAAAGGUUUUACUGACUGAACAAUAAGCCAUACCCCUAGCCCUUGGUCUGUGCUCUUUUGCACGCUGGAAUCCCACAUCAAACAUUUUUUUCUGAAAUAGUUAUAUUUUUAUUCACUGCUUUUUAAAAAAAGAUUUGUUUUUAUUUUUGACUGUGUAUGUGCAUGUAUUAUGUCUGUGCGUGGGUAUGAGUGCACAUGCCCACUGGAGCCAGAGAUGUCAGAUCUCUGGAGUUGGAAUUACAUGUGGUUGUGAGAUACCCAACAUGGGUGCUAGGAAUUAGAGCCAUCUUUUCAGCCCCAGGCAUAUGGAUUUUGAGGUCGGACCUCACGGUGUAGUUUAGGCUAGCCUUGAACUUGCUCUGUAGCUGUGGUCGAGCUCUAACUCAAGUUCCUACUGCUUCUGCUUCCUAGUGCUGGAAGGAUAGGUGUAUUCCAGCACACCUGCAUUUGUACUCCUUAUUUUUUUAUAUCUUCAUCAUCAACACAGGAAGACGAUGUCACUAACAGCACUCGCCUCUUAUACAUACCUAGUACGCCUGUCGCGGCAGGCACUAAUGUACCAGGAAGUGGUACUUCUGAGUUGAAAGCUUGUUUGUGUGUUUCAAGCAGCACUGCUAAGUUGAAGCAACUGAUGAGUUCAUAGAUCUAGCUUGAUACUGCACAACAAGCUGUUGUGUGAUGGUGUCCAGAGGUUCAUGCUGUGCUGCAGGGCAGGGAAGCCGCUCCAGUCUGGCUUUCCAGCAUAACACCCACCCGCCUGAGUUGUUUAACAUUUAUGAAUCACCUUUUCAGCUCCAACAUUAAAACUCACCAGAGUAGCAUCCACAUGUUCCCAGGUUAUUCAAGUCACUUUAAUUUUAAGCGUGACUACCAAACAGCACAGGUACGAAUAAUUUAUUUGUAACUCAUAUUGAAUUAAAUGUGUCCUAUUCUUCUACAACUGUUAAGGGCUUAUGACAUGGCUUUAGACCCAGGGCAAGCUUCUACGUAAAUCCCCACUUUGUUUCUGUUUAUUUGUUGUAGGAGGUGGACAUUUGAGCGGUGAGUCAUAGCUCCUUAAAAUUUCCUAAUUUGGACACCGACCAGUCCAUUUUUUAAUGAUCUGUUUGAGCAUCCUCCUGGUUGACCACAUUUGUACAUUUGGAGGCUUUUUUCUCCUUUAUUCAAAGAAAACAAAAUAAAACAUUUUCAAAUUCUAAUAAUUUAGAUUCUAAUAGAUUUUUUGAAAGUAAGACCCAUUUGUCUCAGAAUCUAUCAAGUGCCCAAGUACUGUUCUAGGUAAUGAAGGUAGACACAGUCCUUCCUCUGAACCAGAGAUGGGUACAGGAAGUAACACUCGUAAUCAGGUUUGAGAGGUACUGUGGUAGAUACUCCAGUAGGGUCUUGAACCAGGUAUCAAAAAUGGAGGAAGAUCAAUUUCCUUUACCUAAGAAAAGAAUGUGGAACUUCUAGGAUGUCAGCAUAGCCAGGUCUUAAAGAAUGAGUUGGAGGUUCUCAGACAAUAUAGCAGUUGUUCUGCAAGUCUGAGACUAUGUAUGUAUAAAAACUCAGAGCCAUGCAGAGAAGAGUAGGUGUGGUUAAAGUUUGCAAUAGUGACAGCAGAGGCCCCCUUGAGAAGUAGACCUACGCAAAAUUAUGACAGGCUUCAUACUAUAGGACCUACUGAGGGGCUUUUAAGAAGGACAGUCACAUUGCCAGACCCAUGUGUAAGAAGUUCUAACACACAGUGUAAAAUGUGUGAGCAGGGAACAUAGGGGAAAGAGUACAGGACGGCUUGAGGCUUUGCAGCCUUAGGCCAAUUCUUUAAGUGCUAAGGUGCAUAAAUCAUCUUGGUUUUCAAUUGUAGAAGAGGAAUAGCCUUUUCCUCCCUUCCUUCAGUGGGAGCUAAUGAGAAUACAUGAGACCACAAGUCCACAGAGACCCUUAGAACGGAGUUCCCAGGUUAGGACCGGAUGCUAAGAGGCUAAGAAAGCCAACCAUUCCAUAUAGUUGAAUUCUUAUUAAAUAUGUGUAUAUGUGCAUAUAUGUAGAUAAGCACUGUCAUCCAGCUCAACUGCAAACAUUUCAAGGCAAGAUCCAGGCCAUCAUGUGUUGUUUACAACCCCAGGACAUAGAAGGAGUCCUCAGCAUCUACCUCGAGUUUAUUGCAUACACUGUCCACUCUUAGGCCUGAGACUGAGAAAUCCUGAGAUAUACUUUUGGGGACCAGUGGUUCAUUCUCUAGAAGUAGCCAAAAAGAUUUCAAGCCUUGUUUGAGUACCAGGCAAAGCCCCUGACUUUCUGUCUUUAGCAUGAUACCUUUCUUUAAUAUGAGGCUAUGCAAGGAAAUUCUUUAAUGAUUAAAUGGAACUAAAUUGCCACUAUCUGUAUAUGAAAGAUGACAGGUAGAACUUAUGUCAAAUAUUAUGAGUAUCCUUCCGAAAUUUACAUAUUUAUUCUCAGAAAACUUAUAGAACGAGCAUUCCUAAGUUUUAGGUUAGUCUUAGGAAAUAUACGGUCAGUGGCGGAGUAUUUACAUCGCAUGCACAAAGACCCAGUCAAUAGCCAGUAUAACAAAAAGGGAAGGUGCAGGUUUCAGAACAUUUUUGGAUUUGAGAUUUUUUUUUUUUUUUAGGAUUAGGAAUGCUUAACUGGUAGUCUUUAAAAUAUCCUCAAAUCUGAAAAGCAUCCUAAAUCUGAAACACUUCUGUUCCAAGCAUUUUGGACAAGGGAUCUGUGUUCCAUUUAGAUCUAGUAUUGUAAUCAACAUAGAUAUAAAAGACCCUACAUAUUUUUAAACCAAGUUUUGAACAACUUUGGUGAUCCUUGACCAAACUUUGAGGAAGAGAAUAGUCCUAUGAGCAAAAGGAUAUUUGAGGAGCUUCCAUAUGUUUUUCUUGUAUGUCAGAGAUUACCCUCAAUUUGCAUCAACCACAGCAUUCAUUGCAUUUUUAAAGCAAGUGCUUUUUUUCUCCCUUGACUCGGCAGAGGUUGGGAUCAGUUAACGGAACACAAUGGUAUUUCCUCCUAUCCACACCUAAUAGAAACUCCAGCCAAUUUAAUUCGGUCUCUUACGUAGGUUGGGGAUGCAAGCACAUAAAGUCUUUGGCUCUUGAGACACUCAUCUUGUGUGCCAGGACCAGGUGCAGAAAUACAAAUGCAUAUGCAUUGAGCCUGGGGCAGCUGCUGCUUCGCCAGCGCGUUUUGUGUUUUCUCUAACUAGAAAGGUUAACAGGCACAAUUUCCGUCAAUUACAACAAAAUUGUUGUUUAAUUCCUCCAUCCAGCAUUCAUAGCGAAGCCACUGAGUUUCUCAGUUCAUUAAAUGAGUUUAAGAUAAAAAUUGAUGGCUAGUGAGAUGGUCAGUGCAUUAAAGCCCUUGCUGUAAAGCCUGACGACCUGAGUUCAAUCUCUGAGACCCACGUAGGAGGAGAGAACUGACUCCCACAAGUUGUCCUCUGACUCCACACACAUGCACCCCCAACAGCAAAUAAAUAAAUGUAAUAAAAUGAUGAGGUAAAGUAAAAAUUGAGAGCUGGGAAGAUAGCCUCAGUUAGUAAAGUACUUACCUCACGAAAUUGAGGAGCUGAACAUUUCUGCUUUAGUAAUAAGCACGGGAGAAUCGUGUGACUUAAUCUUCCUGCUUCUCUCACCGAGAGUUAGUUAUAUGGCGUUUUAGCCUCCUGGACUCCUUUGGGCCAAGAUCAUUACAGGUGGACACCGUUGACUCUGACCUUGGAUAUACAUUGAGGUGCAUCUUAGGAAAUGUCUUUGGAACGCUGUAGGAAUUCUUUCCUGCUUCUUUCUCUUUAAGAAAAAAAAAGCAAAAUACAUAAAAGAAAAUUUCACCAGCCAAGUAAAGACUUUGGAUUUGCUAGUCUACAUUUAAUGAAUAAAAACAUGUUUUAGAGCAGGAAAAUUCUAUUUGCUAUCUGAGGAAAAUGUCCAAAAGAAGCUUAGAGCCAGAAAAAUAAGACCUUCUGUAUCCAGUGGAAACAACCAGUGAAUUUAGUUCAUCGUGACCCAUCUACUCAAUUUAUUCCCUGGCCCAAUUAAUCUUAUGGCAAUUUGCAAGGGCCCACUUACCACAGUGACUGUUCUGUGGUACAAAUGUUAAAAUUAUUUUUAUGAAGUAUCUAAGCUUGUGUGUAGUAACUAGGACUGUUUACAUGUUUUUCAUCCAUUUGUAUUGGAUGGUCUAAUUACCCAAAGGGAAAUAUGGACCAAUUUUAAAAAGAGCACAUCUCAUCAUAAUGGAUUCACAUUUUUCUUGAUAUAUUUCAGGCAAAUAUUACCUCCUCUCUAGUCUCCUAAGCCUUCAUUUGUCUUUAGUAGUGACUGCCUGCCAUGCCAAAUGGUAUAGAAAGGGGGAAAUUGCAGAGAAUGCUGCUGCUGUCAUAUUUCUUUUAUUUCCUGGGUCACAUUUUCAGUCGUUUUGUCAUACAUGUAAUGAAUUUGUUUGUAUUCAUGAGUAGGGCCCUCUUGACCUAAUCAUUUGUCACACAUAUUCCUGUAUAAAUUUAGAUGUGAAGACUCUAGAUCAGGAGCUCAAUUCAGUUUAUAGAGGCGAAGAUCACAUGGGAGUUUAUAUGAAUCUGGCCUGGGUCAUUUACCUGCCUUUGGGGGAGAAUCUCAACAACUCAUUUAUCUCAAAUCCAAGUAACCUGAUGAAAAGCUAAAGAGAUCAAAGUAUGGUGGGAGGAACAGGAGAAACCUUCAAGUUUAGGUUGCUGCUGAAAGAUCAGAUGUUGCCCAUUGCAGCAGUCAAAACUCUCUAAUUCCAAACAGCAGAAAAUGGCCAAGGGGACAGAGAAAACCACACAAAAACUAGUAAAGUAUUAAUGGGAAAGACAAGCAACAUCUUGGGGAAUCAUAGGAAACAGAUGAACUUGACCUACAUUAACAAGACUAAAAUGGUGAAAGGAAAGUAGAUAUAAGGGGAAAGUAGUAGAAUCACAAGCAAGGAAAGGAGUGAGAGCCGAGAAAGAAAGACACCCAAACUGUUUAUUGUUAUGACUGCAUGUAGGACAAAGAUGCAGACUAACUGAAGUGCAAAGUUUCUUCAUGGCCUCUUCACCCAGCUCCUAGCAGCCAUCACUCUGCUCUGCUGCUAAAAUGAUGCCCAUCUUCUUUUCAUGAUAUAAGUGGUAUCGUAUAGUGGUAGUUCUUUGACUUCUAGUUUAUUUCACCAACUAUAAUGUCCUAUAAGUUCAUCCACAUUGUUGUAAAUGGCAGUAUUUCCUGCUUAAAUCCUAAAUAACACCGUUCUUAUAUGUAUACUGCAUUGUCUUUAAACACUUAUCCUCGUACAGAUGUAGUGUCCUACAAAACACCUACAGAUAACAAUAACAUUGUACGCUUGGAAAGUUUGCUAUGAAGAUAGAUCUUAAGUAUUCUUAUCAUAAAUAAUAACAAAGACAAAGAUAGGAAAUGUUAGAGGGUUACAGCAUGGAUUCUGGUUGUUUUUCAAAUGUAUACUUAUUUCCAAACUCACCAAAUUAGCAGUGAAACAUAUGCAUUACAUGUCUUUGUACAUCAAACGUCAUCCAAUUUCAGUUAGAGUUCAGUCUCUUCCUAGCUAAUGACCUUGGACAAGCUACUUCAUUUCUCUGUGUUUUACUUUCUUCAUUCGUGCAGCAGAAGUAAUAAUAGUACCUACCUCACAUAGCUGUUGUGAGAAUUGAUUGAGUCAACACUAUUGAAAGCGUUUAGUACAGUUCUUGGCACAGGCUAGCACUCAAUAAAUGUUGGCUGAUAUUUUUGUUGUAUACCAUCAGAGCCAAACUGUAUUUUCAGCUAAUUCCAAAAUAGCUCUAAUGAAAGCAAAGAAUGUUAAGCUGUAUGCUAACACUAAAAGAAAAAAAACGGACAUAUAACCUUUUAAGAAAAGUCCAAGUGAGAAAACAUAGCUAGAAGUCUAUAGUGCUAAUGCUGGAUUAUUACCUAUGUAAAAGUUUGCUAACACAGUAUUCACGAUGAUAGAUUGCAUCAAGACAAUUUUGGCAAUUUUAAUUAAAUUAUAAGUGAAAUCCUUUGAUUCAGGGAUUACUCAUCUAAUGUCUUUGAACUUAUUUGCACAUAAUCAAAAUGGCAUAUUUGAGAUUCUCUGUUGCAGAAUACUUGUAAACAUGAUGUAUUGGGAAUAAUCUAAAUGUCCGUCAGUAGAUACCAGCAUUGAAAAUUUUAUAGGCUGGGGAUUUAGUUCAGUGGUAGAGCGCUUAUCUAGGAAGCACAAGGCCCUGGGUUCGGUCCCCAGCUCCGAAAAAAAGAACCAAAAAAAAAAAAAAAAAAGAAAAUUUUAUAAAAGAUUGAUGUGGAAUUCUUACCAAUAACAAUGAAUUGAUAGGACAUUGCUGGUAUGUUCCUUUGCCUGAAUGAGAUAGCCACCUGCCGUAUUACCUCAAAGUCUUCAUGUCAUGACCAAGUGUCCCUGACCUUUUUAGUUUGAUGGUUUUUUGUUUUUUGUUUUGUUAUAUUUUGAGACAUAGUCUAUUUAGCCCUGGCUGUCCUAGAACUCACUCUGUAGACCAGGCUAGACUUGAACUCACAGAGAUCUACCUGCCUCUUAUUCCCCAGUGCUGGGAUUAAAAACAUAAGCUACUACACCUGGAUGCCCCUAACCUUUAAUGGGCAUAAAACACAGCAAAUAAAAUUAUCUGCGUGUUAUGCUUUUUUGUUAAGGAUCAAAUUUGUGAGUCACAGCUCAUCAAGGCAUUUAAGAAAGAAGGUGGUGCUCUGCCUUUUGGGGUGUGUGUGUGUGUGUGUGUGUGUGUGUGAGAGAGAGAGAGAGAGAGAGAGAGAGAGAGAGAGAGAGAGAGAGAGAGAGAGAGAGA